CUCUCUCUCUCCUCUCACUGGCUGCACAACAUCAGCCGGCUCUCUAGGUAGACUCGAGUAAACACUCUAAGAGAACGGAGAGGAGAGAGAAGAUGACAGAGCUGUCAGCGCUCUGAGAGACACGCACUGGUGAGAACAUUUGUAAGGGUUGUCUGACGAGACUCUCUUCAACGCAGCCUCUGAUUCAGUUUUUUUAAUCAGUGGAAAGGCUGUGAGCAUUGUGUGUGAGGUAAGUCACUUUCUUUACCUGCAUGGUGAAGGUGCAAGCGUGUGUGUGUGUGUGUGUGAAUGGAAGCAGAAUGAAUGAGCUGAUUGCUUUAUUCAAUUAAGAUGAUGGAGACAAUUGAAUUAAAGAGCCCAGCAGCUUAAUAACUCCUACAUCCUCUCUCAGCUUAUUUUCCACUUGUGUGAGUUGAUAUCAAAAGUUUUGGAUGUAAUUAUCUUAUGUUUAAGUAAUUUCCAUGAAAUGUAGUGUAGGUAUGUAACGAAGCAGAAUUUUGCAGAAUUUUGAUGGUUAUUAAUUGUUUGUUUUUACUCAAAAGAGUGAAGUAAAAGCCAUUUGUCAUUUUAAAAGAUGAAUUAGUUUAUGUGAUAUUGUUAAAUAAAUGAAUAGCUUAAGUCUUUUAAUGCCGUGCUGGAUGCUGUUUCCUGAGUGUGAUGCGAUUAAUAAUUGUUCAUCCAUUCACCAAAGCAGCUUUUCUAAUCCAUCCUCAUGUUUAACAAGCUUGGUAUACUGCUUUCAUUUUGCUCUUUACUGCUCGCACCUGGAUGCCAAUUAUGUUUUCCUGUAAAAGUUUUUCUAUUCCCCGAGCUAUUUUCUAUUUAUUAGCAGAGAUGGAAGUCUGUGAUGACCUGCUGAAUUAUUCUUGUUGCAUUAGGACUGCUAAGUUUUCAUCUGAUGGGAUAGUCAGAAGGAUGGGCAGAGUGUGUGUCCAUACAUGUAUAUAUGUGUGUCCUGCUUGCCGGAGUGGGUCCAGCUGUACACUUUAUGGUUGCCAGCAGACAGUAGGCUUGUGUAACCCAGGAGACAGACAGCUGCUCUGCAUUAGAUGCUGCUGGUUGGUUCCUCUCCAGCCUACACACUGCUGCCUGUAAACCAGCAGCCUCACUUCCACACACACACACACACACACACACACACACACACACACACACAGUGACUGUUCAUCUCCAUGUUCUUCCUUGCCUCUUUUCUUUGGGUCAGUUUGUCUGUCAUCUCUGUCUAACGCAGAAAUUACUAACAGAUUAUGAGGGAGGCGUUUGAUGGAUGAGAAAAGAAACUGGUCAGUGAUUAUGUUGGUCAAAUGAAGGUAUAACCUCUACAAUUUGCUAAAUUUUAUGCUGUCUAGCAGAAUGUUUUUCCUACAAUUGUGCAUAAAUCGAAAUAAGCCUUGUCAACUUUUGCUGAAAAAUCAGCCAUAGGAUUUAGGAAGAACUAUAAUAAGACAUAUCAGCUGUAGGGAUGUGUCCAGAUGGGUGGCCAGGGUGGCAUGGGCCCCCUUAAAAUCUGAUUGUUCGAGGGAUUGUUGGAGCUUUAAAUUGUAGAAAAUGUUUCAUCCAUCAAUUUCAUUGGCGAGUGAAUAAGAGGAACCAGUCUAUUAAAAGUUGCAAGCAAACUUACUGUAAAAAACACAAUUAUAAGGAACAUUUAGGCACAAGUUAAUGUAUUUUUGGACAGUUAGUUGGUUUGCAGGAGCUUUUUGACUCUAUUCUGUGCAUUAUUUUGGAAUGCAACAAAUUCAAAAUUUUCCAUAUAAGAAAUUAUUACUGUAGACAACCACCUUCUUUUGAAUCCUUUCAGAAUAAAGCUCUGCAGAUGUAUUUGUUGCACUCCAAAAUAAUGCACAGAAUACAGUCUGUUAGUUGUCAAAAAGUCAUUACUAUUGGAGACAGAGACACAUUUUGUGUGUGUGAGCAUCCACCCCUGCCAAUGUCCCAGUUAGGCCCUGUCAAAACAGUCUGGACCUGCCCCUGGUCACCUGCGCAGGUAAAGCUUAGAUGAUCACAUAGUGCUGAGUCAGUGAAUGACCUCAUUAGUAUCAGUUACAGAUGAACAACAUAGAUGUAAAGGUUCCUUGCAGAAUCAAACUACUUUGGAUCAUAUCAUAUCAAGCGUUUUCAUAAACUUUGAGGAUACAGAAUCAAGGGAGGGUACAUUUAUUUUAGCUUUCAGUUUUCUUUUUUCAGAAUAAAUGUUAUGUUCUUGAUUUUUAAGUGAUAUAAAGUUGUAUUUAUAUGGUGUGCCUGAUUUCCAGGUCUCCAUUCUGAGUUUGAGCCCCACUAAAGCUCUUAAAGAUAGGUUAGCAGUUCUUCAGUGAAGAGUCAGACAGGUUUUAUGACUCUGUACACCCCUGAAGCUGUCUGUGGGAAAUCAUAUCCUCAUGACAACAGAACCCCUGUGUGCAUCAUGGCAAAAAAGGGUCAGAGUCCAGGAAGAGAGGUGGGGAGGAGCAAUAGAGAGGGGAGUUAUGGGGUGGGCUGUGAUGGAGGAGACCCACAGGAUACCAGGGCCGCGUCUGUUGGAUGGUAAUUGUGUAUGAUGAGGAGUUAGGGACACAGCGCAGGAGGCUGACUGUGUUUUAGCAGCUUCCAAUUCAGGAUAACUGAAGCUCAUUUGAAAUCUGUUUUUGCUGAUUUUCAUUGAUUGCGAUGACUUGAUGACACACAAACAUGUUUAACACGAGUGUCUUUCCAUGCUGGCUGUUUCAUGUCAUUCACUGGUAGAUGGCUGCACAGGAUUGGUGUAUGAUUUUUUUUAUGAUGCCUUAGCUGAGCAUAUGAGUAGUCCCUGACAGUGACCCCCUGCAUCAUGAGGAGUGGGAAACGGGCUUUUGUUUGGACAGCUGUUGGCCCCCAAUCACUGUGCCCUACAAAGCUUCAUAAGAAGGUGACUGUCUUUGACCCCACUUGGCUCCUUCACCAGUGGGUGUUCAAGAUAACCCAGGAUGGCAAGACUCACUGGGGGUGCAGAGAUGAUUUGGUUGGAACUAAUAAGUCAUUAUAAUUCAGGUUGGUCCAAACUUCCAUUGCUGCCAUCUUCUCUGGCCUUUUCUCUGUUGAAUCACUGGCUCUUGUGAUUUUUCAGGAAAUGAAGCUGGACUUGACAGAAUUUAUGAGUCCAUAUUUAGAUUUCACCUGGACUGGGCUGUCUAGCGCAGGUAAACACCUGUAGUCCAGAUGGUUACCCAUACCUUUACUACAGGAAACCUGAAUACACAUACAGUAUGGCCCAUAAAACUGGGGGGAAGGUCCAAGGAAAGAGGGGUGUACUUAGAGUUUUGGUUUUGCUGCAAAUUAGUGGUCAUAUGAGUUUAGACAUUUAUACACAUUCUUCAGAGAUUCAGAACUUCUAGAGGACGAUUUCUACUGACUUUAUAGGUAAAGUCAAUUUAUGUUACAAGAUUAUCAAGAUCACUGACAUUUAAUAGAUUUUUAUGUCGCUAUCAAACAAAAGUACUGCAUUGGUGUACUCUUGCAUUAUCGAAAAAUUAAAACGCUGUUUGCCUCUGUUGUGAAAAAAAAAAACUCAUAGUGGCCUCCAAUCAUGUUCCAUCAACUGGUGAACUCAUUCACUCAGUGUUUAAAACUAUGAAGGUCCAAAUAAGUAAGUAAUAAGUUUUUUGUUGUUGUUUUUUAUUUGAUUAUAGAUGCUGAGGGGCACACUCCUGUCCUCUGUAAAUGUAAAAAAAGGGACACUAGAAAGUCUCCCCCAGUAGCAAGUGUAAGUGUUGGUAGUUAGAUCUAUUUUCAACUGCUAAAGUAAACUAUUCAUAGAAAAAUAAUUCAAAAUCUCAAUGACAUUUCCUCCAAAUGUCAAAUUCUAAGAGUAAAUUACAGAUAUAACCAAAGUUAGAGCAAUUCCUCUCUUUUUUUAUCCAAUUAAGUGGUCUUUUAAGGUUCCGUGAACAAUUUAUCCCCACAAGUCACUGGAUAAUUUUCCUCUUUCCCACUUGGAUGAGUCACUACCGAGGAAUAAAGACCCCCCUUGAAGAAAUCCUGUGUUUUAGGCACCCCAGAUGGUUUUUCAUGUUCCCUGAUGCUAAUGCGGGACGGGAAAGGAGUGAAAGUCUUGGAGCUGUGGGAUCCGGGAUGCCUUUGUAUUGCCCAGCCCUCCAUUGGAGUCAUCCAAUAGAUGAGCACAUGUGGUAGACUCUUUGCUCUGACACUUUGGCUCCACCAGUGACCUCGCACAUUGGAAUGCAUGAGCCAUAAUGUUCUUGGAACAAGAUGGGGGUUUCUUUUAAGGGGGACAGACAAUUUAAAUUGGGGAAAAUGGUUAAAAACGGGGAAGCCAAUGAAGAGCCGCCACCGGGGCCGGGGGUCAUUAGGCUCAUACAAGUGUUUGAAUGGAAGGCACUCCCAAUUUGGACACGCAACACGCUUCAGGCUUUCAUCACAGACAAGGACAAACAGAUGUCUGGGUACCACAGCCAACAUGCUUCAAUGUCUAGUGAAAAGGAAAAAAAUCCUGUUUGAAUGGAAGUAACCAAUAAACCUCCAAUGUGGAGUGCUGAAAUAUGCAUUCUUUAAAAGCUUUUCCACGUUCAUUCAUCAUUUUGAGCUGAAAAGGAAAAAAAAAAUCCCUUAAAAAGGUACACAGAAAGAAAAAACCCAAACUCUGAAGCUUUGGAUCACUGACAGUGCUCAAUGGUGGAAUUUUCCCUCUGAUUCUUGCUAUCUGACAAGUCUCCAAACUCAUCUACAACCGGUUGCUGUUGCCUUAUCUGAAAAAGCACAAAGGAUUCAACUGCAACAUUGAAGGCUCACAAAAGUGACAUCAUGUUCAGUAAAACAACCACAAGCUCCUUUGGGAUUUCAAGGUGAUUGUGCUCCCGCCUCACAGCUGACUACCUGAGAGGAAAGGUGUUAGUUACAUGGUAAGUCGAGACAAGUCCCUGAAACUGACAUCAAUACUUCUGUGUAGCAUUACAAUACAGGCAGCUGCCAGGUACAAACCAGAUUUUAGUAAUUGCAGUGCAGUGUGAAACUGAGGAGAGGAUUGUGGACAGAGUGGGGACCUAGAUGUGAUAACAAGUCUCUGAGAAAAGCGCAGGUGGAUGUGCAGUAAUGGUUAUGCGUGGAUCUUCCAAACCUCCACAGCAUCCAGGGGUUAGACUAAUAAACAGCAGGUCACCCGCUCCCAGCAUGUUAAAAAGCUCACGAACAAUGACUAGCAUCCAACCCCUCCAUCUGGACCCCGCAAGAACAGCAGUGCAAGAUGGAGGCAGCACGGGAGCAGAAGAACCAUAAAGAAUAUUGAUGGGCGUCACAGCAAGUCGAAGCACAAUGCAAUAAAACUAAAUUGAGAUGCAACUGUCUGCUGUAUGAUAGACCUUAAACAUUUGUUUUCUCUGUAUCUCAGUGUCAAAGUCUAAAAUUGGUUUUUGGUUGAAGAAAUAGACUUUUUAGGGCGGUAUCAGUCAAAGGUGUCAACUCUGGCUUCAAAUCACGCUGGUGGUCAUGUGAGUAUGAUACGGCUCAGCCUGGGAAAAGAGUUUUCUCGGAGUGUCUCGAUAAGUGCUCGUGUCGGUAUCUCAGAUUCAGCCUCCUCGUCUGCCUUAUCAGCCAUGAACACACUAACCCCCACCACUCCCCCGCUAUCUGUGUCAUCAGAUCCAAUGGGGUCACAGCGGAGAGCCAAUGAGUGCAGACUGGGUUUGAUGAAACCCGUCUUCUUUUCAUCCGUCAAAAAACUGCAUAUAUCCCCAUUUCAUUUCUGUUUAGCAAGUCAAAUUGUUAUUUAUUUUUCAGCCAUUCGGGGAGACAGAGUGUUGAAGUGAAAACACUGUGAUGCUCAACUGUUUGAUGUUGGUGUCUUCAGUCAGGUUUGCAGAGGAACUGAUAAAGAUUUUAUUCUUUGUUGAAUAUGAUUGAUAUAAAUACGAUUGAAGCAUCAACUUAACCUCAUCAACAAAACCUGCCAUUCCUGAAGUUUGACCCUGAGUCAUCACGUACUUAUAAAGUUUUGUCAAAUUAUUACACAUAGGUAACAUCUCUAUACAAGACAAGGGUUGUCCCACUGGGAACAAAUCAAUGAGGUUUGAAAUACAGGACUUCCCAUCUGAUAUGGCAAGAUUGUCAACCCCAGCCUGACACUUAAACCCAAUAUUUUGUAUUUGAUGAAUCCAUUAACCUCAGCUGACCUCAUAGUAAAGCGUUCACAUCAGCGAUGUUUUCCGGUCCUGCGAUAUUGUGGCAUUUAUUUUUUUUUAGUUUUUUUUAAGUUUCGCAUACUGUGUGUCCACUUCUGACCAAUCAGAUUUCGAGUUGCGACGUCAGAUUCACCGGUAUAUCCAACAUGGCCAACCGGCUGAUUGUUUACGUGUCGGAGAACAGAGUGCGUUUUGAUAAAAAACACAAAUAUUACAAAAAUAACGACCUAAAGGACAACUUGUGGAGACAACUAUGCUAAGUAACUUUAGCUCGUAAGCUAACCUGUUCAGAUACAACAUACCAUAUGUAUUUUCACUGUCUCAAACUCAAUCGUGUUGCUGUCAUAGCACUAUUAGGUCUUGGUUGUUACCUUAGGUUUAUGGAUUGUAGGAUAUGGAUUAUAGUUUAAUGUGCUUAUCUGAUACUGACCCCGACUCAGUACAUGCUAUCAUGACAGACAGACAUCUCAACACUAGAGUCUAAUCAGAACUGAAAAACAGUCAGUCUGCUGUUGUGUCAGUCUUCUCACUUCCACCCGGGACAUGUCUUUUUCCCCCCCGGAAAGUCGCAAAAUCACAUUGGGCUUGAUGUGUCAGGCAUGUCAAAAUUCUCUUCCAAAUAUUUCGUGAUUUCACGUUCUAUAUUCGCAUCAGCCUCGGUGUGUAAGGACCUUUAAACCCAAUAUAUUGUAUUUGAUCGAUCCAUUAACCUCAGCUGACCCCAUAGUAAACUUAUACAAUUGUGACAUUACAUUUACUGACCAAGGUCCAAAAGAGUUGGGACACUGCUAAAAAUGUUAAUAGUAAAAGAAUGAGAUCGUUCACAAAUUUACUCAUUUUAAAUUUAGUGUUUGAUUGUGAUGUAUCACCUCUUCUUUUAAUAUCACUCUAUAAAUGUUUAGGAGUUGAGGAGACCACUUUCUAGGUUUUAAAAGUGCAGGUUGUACCACUCUUUCAGGUCUGGGUCUCCUUUCCAUGUUUUUUCUCUUCACGGUGCACCUGCUGUUUUUAAUAAGUGACGAGUCAUGAUUGCAGGAAGGCUUUUUUUAGCACCCAGACUCUUCUACAAUGGAGCCAAGCUGUUGUAUUGUGUGCAGAGUAUGGUUUUUGCAUCUUCCUUCUGCAUUACGCAAGUCUCUCAUCAAAAAGACAUUGUAUAGGUGGCAAUUCCCUCUUUGGAGUGGAAGAUGUGAUGUAUGUGAUUUCCAAAAAUAGUCUUCAAUUCUGUCUUUUUGGACCACAUGACAGUUUUUCACUUUGCCUGGAACCAUCCUAAAUGGGCUCAGGUCAAGAGCAUUUCUGGAAUAUAUCUAUUUAUUGUUUCCUCUCGAGAGUUUUUACCUGUAUAUGUGGAUACAGUGAUCAGCUGUGCUCACUGAAGGUGGCUUUUGGAGGUGAAGAAAGCAUGCAGAGAUUUCAUGUCUGCUUUUUGAUGCUGACACAGUUUGUCACAGAGUGGUGAAACUCCUCCCAUCUUCACUUUUGAGAGACACUGCCUCUCCAGAACGCCCCUUUCAUGCCCAGUUAUGUUUCAAAUUAACUAAAGUAGUUUGGAAAAGGUCUUCCAGAUGUUUAUUUUAACAGUGUUCAUCUUUCUCAAGAACUGGAUCUUUUUCCAGACUGCUUUAGUUUUUGAGUUUAGAGUGAGAAAGGAUGCAUUGUGUUGUGACGACAAACGUUUCCAAUUCUAUAGAAAUGAAAUAUUUGAGCUUAGGUUGCUCUAUCUGACAAAACAGAGGCUGGACUGAAUCAAAAUUGGACUGUUCUACAUCAAGUUGAGCGGAAGCUUGUCUUUCCCCAUUUAAGUGUGUUUUAAAUCACAGUGUGACCACAUCACUGCACCAAAUCCUACAACUGUGUCACCUCAGUUAUUUCCUAACAUGAAAGACUUGAAAUUGAAUAAUUGCCUCAAUGACUGAUUAUUCAUUUCUUUUCCCUGUUGGUGGGUUUUGUUGAAGUCAGCCAGCACUCAUUGUCGGUCUCUCACAAAGGGUACACAGAAGAAAGAUGCCUUGUGUUUGUCAGAGGGUGAGAUGAUAAAAUUUGAAAAUCCUUUUUCUCAGAAGCAGCAACAAUGAAACGAUCGAUCGCUCCAAUCAAGCAGUCAACUAAAGGAAUGCCUCUUCCUGGAAAUUCAUUUCUGUGUUUGAUGAUGAUUACUCAAGGCUUUAGUGCUGUCCUCAGCAACUCACUAUCUCACAGGCUCUGACCUUGGUGGAGAUACAGGAUCCAGAUCAAUACUCACCUGCUUUAGUUCAGAACAUAUGUGAAGGUUUCAUUCUCCCUACAGGCAGGUUGAUUGUAAUGAAUAUAUUUAUCAGCAGAUUUCAUUUCUGGGGGAUCAGUUGCUGAAUCCUGAAAUUUCAUGAAAAAAAAAAAAAAAGAAGUUUAUUGUCAGGUUCUUCACGUGCCACUAUGUGUCCAUGGUUGUGGCUCAUUUCAUUGUCAUUUUCCUCUUAUUACAGUGUGACCGUAUUUCAAGGUGAAAAGGGCCCCAGACAAUAACACUUCAUUGAGUCCCUGUACCAGCGACCCACAUUUGGAAUCUGUACCAAAAGAGGGAAGCUGAGUCUUGUCAUGGGUGACCUACAAAACUAGGCAAGCUUGAUAAUUUCUUCAGAAAUGAAAAGAAAGCAUAUGCAUCCUAUCAGACCCGUUAGACAAACAGUCCUGGGACCUGAGUUGUAGGUUGUAGCAAUUGAAUAUUUACAGAUUUGGUUCACCAAGUGGGCCAUGCUGCUUCAUUAUUCAGUUUGUUUGUUGCCCGGUUAUCAGACGGAAGCCGCCUUGUCUGUUCACACUACUGCGAUUACCCACAAAUGGUUAGCUAAUCUUUCUUUUCCCUUUAAUAAAACACGUUCUAUACCUCCAUGUUGGUUGGCUUUAAAUAACCCACCACACGCUGCUGUUGUACAGACUGAUAACACUCGCUGUCUUUGUGCCAAAACAAAUUGCUUUUUCUCUUUAGAACAGCUUCACAGAUAACCAGUGCUGAAUGCCUGCAGAGUAAGAGUUUUCCUUUCUGAUUUAUCUCAGACCUAACAUAUGGUAGGCUCAGCGAAGGUGAGCUAUAGCGAUGAUUACGUUCUCCUGCCCGGGGCGCUGGCUGAGUUUAAAAGAAACCCAGACUUCUGUUUAUGAUGUGUGCAAACCUCCCCUGACAGAAAGUCUGCUCAUCAAACAAAGUAAAAGUAAACUUAUAUCCCUAGGAGGGGAGGACGUAUAUAAACACUGGUUAAGUAAUCACCAAACAGUUAUUUUAUUUUUUUUAUCCCUGCUAAAACAGCUUUGUGAAACGAAAUCAAUUUUGAGUGAUAUUAGUACAGCUAAGAUGAUCUUUGUAUGUAGUGUUGUAGGUACCCAAUGAGGAUUUAUCCUUAUUGAACUUUUCCUGUAGUUUUCAUCCCUUCCUUUCUCUUCCUACUGAGCAAUAGACAGCUAUUAGACGUCUAGAUUUUUUUAGACCUACUUUCAACCGUCUAGUUUCUGUAUAUUUUUAGAUGUAAUUUAGACGUUGCACUAUGUCCCAUCAUUCGAUAACUAUUCAUUUCAAGAGGUAACUGUGAGUUGCAUAACUAAUCUCCAAGUACUUAACCGAAAUAAUUAUGAUAGCUGUUGAGCGAUAUACAGUGUAGUAUAGACAUAGCCCAGAUUUAGACUUGAUCUAAACUCGGUCUUAAUUUAGACAUCUAAAAAACUUGUCGUCUAGGCUACAUUAAGAUGUCUAUUAGACCUCUUUUAGACCAAAAAAUGCUCAGUGGGUUGAUUUAGUGGAGGAUUAAAGGUAUAAACUUGCACAAAAUGACACAGAAAAAGAAGCUAGUAGCAUGCUUUAAUGUUCAUGUUCUUGUUCCAGCACCAAAAGAGAAGGUUUCUGCUGCCUUGGCUGGUUGUGGGUGCAAUGUUUUUUACAUCAGACACACUGAUGUUAAAAUCAGAGUUGCGUGAGAGGAUUUAUGUCAAUAGGAUCCCCUGUGAUUUUAUUUUUCAAAAUUUACUAGACUUACCUGUAGACAUAAAGAGCCACCAGGGAUAGAUAGAUAGAUAGAUAGAUAGAUAGAUGGAUAGAUAGAUAGAUAGAUAGAUAGAUAGAUAGAUAGAUAGAUAGAUAGAUAGAUAGAUAGAUGGAUAGAUGGAUAAAUAGAUAGAUAGAUAGAUAGAUAGAUAGAUAGAUAGAUAGAUAGAUAGAUAGACAGAUAGACAGAUAGAUAGACAGACAGACAGACAGACAGACAGAGAUGAGCUGUCUCCAUGAUGUUGACAUUUGAAAGUGAGUUCGAACCCAUGCACUGAUUCCUACUGCAGAGACAUGUCUGCUCGGAUUAUGGCGAUCCUGUGUUUUUGUUGGCCUUGUCCAUUUUGUACAAUGAUUUCUUUUCAACCUGGUUUGGAUAUUAUGUUCUGUCAGUCAAUGAUUUCCCAAUUUCACUAUAAUACGGUUAUUUUUUUAAACCCUGGAAAUAUUUGCUCAGGCAGUCUUCCCCAAAAAUGGUGAAGCUCUUCAAAUGUUAAUACCUGAGAGACUGAACCAUGCGAAUAGCUUGUUGUGAAAUAAACUUUUAAGUUAAGAGACGUUCCUGCAGGUGUAUUUUCCAGUGUUUUAUCAUCCGUGUGUGCAACUUUGCAUCUUUAUCAAAUGUAGAUGUGCAGCUGUUUUGUAAGGGGUUCGAGAAACACUUUCCUCAUUUGAUACAUCCUGACCAUCCUGACGUCUUAAAGCAUUUAUCGGCUGACAACAUGCAGCGUGUGUUACAUAUUCUAGAGCUUUCUGAUCAACUUUUGUCGCCAGCCAUCCGUCAGUUGACACAGAAAUAGCUUUUGACCCCCUUGAAUGGCCCUUUUUAUGGUGUGUACUAAAACACAAACAAACCCCUCUGCAAGUGACAAUAUUUGUUCAUCUCCCUUCAGAAUAAGUCGAAGCAGUCAUCAGGGUGAUCCAGUCUCUUCAAUGUUGUUUAUUUUGUCACUUGAGCCACUGUCACAGGCAAUUAUGAUAUCAAAAACAUCGAAUUAAUUAAAUGUGUUGAUGUUAUCAAAUUUGAAAUGAGCAUAAAUCUUUACAUCUGGGUAGUUGAGAUUGAUUGAACUGAAUGUGUGAUUGCUUGCAAGUUUUCCUCACAUUCAAUAACAAGGUUUGAGGACAAAAACCAAGAAACCAAGUAACAAAGCAGUCAGAUCUUAUCAACCCCUUUCCUACAGUGCCAGCUGCAUUAGCAUAGAGCCAGGGUGCAUAUGAGGGAAGUCGAAACAGAUGGACCAGCUCCGUGUUUCUCAGGGUCACACUCAGAUUCUCGUAUUGUGAUUAUUCUGCUUUAUGUUAAAGAGUUUUGAACUGGCGAUAAGAAAAGAGAAAUUCAGAUUUCUCUUCCCACCCUGUGGAGGUUUCUUCUCUUCAUCUAUUUCUGAAUUAAGCUGAGUUUUGCCAGAGCCACAGAUUCUCACACAAAGCCCUGUUUUGGUCUCUCAGGGUUGCCUCGCUCAGAGGUCCAUGUGGAGAGCAGCCAGCCUUCAAAGUGAGAAAGCCAACCAUCCGCCCAGAACUAAAACCUUAGCAGCAACUCCAAGCAAUUUUCUGGCUAUGUUGAUUUAAUCCCUAGUUUGUGAUGCUUGGGCACAGCAGUGUGACUGUAUUGGUGUGCGUAUGUGUGCAUGGGGAGGGGGUAGUUGUACCCCUGAGGGCCCAGAUCCUCAACGCUCCCAUCAGCAAGCUACAUUAGCACUUUUACAGUCAACCCAUCAUGGAGGUGCUCAUCCCUGCCUGUCUAAUCAGCGGGCCGGGGAGGGCUUGGUGAUGGAGGCUUGAUGAGAAACUGUGGGAUCCCUCCAAGCUGAGCUCAUCUGUCAGCUUGCUUAAUCACAUGUCAGCCUGGGAUGAGGACACCAAGCGCCUCUUCCUGGAGUUUACCUGCUGACUGGCGCCCUCUCUGGAAAAAGCCAGCAAAGAUGCUCUGUGUCUUUCCUGCACACAUACAGUAUUACUGUGAAUAAGUCAGGUGCAGCAGAGAAAAUGAAACACCCUCAUCCGGGCUCAACCACACUUGCUGGAUACAGUAUGUGGGCCUACAGUCAUGGAUUUUCAUGUCUGCUUAUUCAGACAUUUUUAUGUUGGCUGCUAACAGCUAAUUUUAACCUUCGUGGCUGCCAAGGCACACAGUGGUUUUAUGAGAGGCAGGAAAUUAUUUGUGUUCACACCACUGAAAGGUAGGGUAAAAGUGGGAUUAUAUAAGAUUAGACUGAGCCAGACCCUAUAAGACAUAAAUAUCUUUAGUUAGCCCCCCGCAUUUUUGUUCCAUUUCUACAACUUCAGUUUCACAAGAGUCAAAACUCAAUACUAUAUUUCACCGUAAAUUGUGCAAAGACAACAAAUCAGUAGUUAAAACUAAAUAAAUGUGUUGUUUAAUGAGAAUUCAGUGUUUGUUCUAAAUUUGAUGCCAGCAACGUGUCUCAGAGAAGUUUAAACAAGGAUAAUGAACUCUUAAAAAGUUGUGUGGACCUGGAAAAAAAUUGUGAACAUCUCCCAAAUGAUUGAGGUAAAUAUAACAGGUUAAUGGUUAUAUCAUAAAGAGGGCACUCCUGAGUGGCUGAGUCUCUAAGGAGUAGAGAUAAGGAGAGGUCCACCACCCUAUAGGAGAGAUUGAUCCACACAGAAACUCUGGAUUUGAUUUAAAAAAGCUUGGGCCCAAUCAAAUUAAAUGUUAUUUAUAUAGCGCCAAAUCACAAUAAUCGUUAUCCCGAGAUGCUUUCCAAAAAAAAAAAAAAAAAAGGCAGGUCUAGACCAUUGUUUGAUAAAUUACCAAGACCCAACCUUAAGAUGGGACAGAUUUGACCCAUCUCAUCUAACAUGAGUGACAGUGGCAAGGAAAAACUUCCUUUUUAACAGGCAGAAACCUUGGGAAGGACCAGACUCAUGUUAGACAGCCACCUCAAUACUGCUGAGUUGGGGAGAGUGAAAACAGGUCCUAAAACAAAAAUUGACAUUCAAAUCUUGGAUGCAUCCUCACUCUAAAGAGGAGAGAAAACACCCAGUCUGUUAUCAAUGCAUACUUCAAAAGCUUAUAAACACACAUUAUGAUCCCAUCUUCAUCAGGAAAGUGUUCGCACAUAAUACGGUGAGAAGAUGUCAAACUGCAUUUUGCAGGCAUUUCAGCAGCACAACUCCAUGGUAGAGGAAUCCAGGUGCUGAAGUGAUGUGCCUACCUGCAGUCCCGACUUGUCCCCUAACAAAAACACUUGGCACAUUCUGUUCUGCAAGAAGGAAGAAGAGGGAAGGGCAGAUUGUUGCCAGACUUGUUCCCUUUAUUUAAUUUAAAAAAAAGGAAACAGGAACAUCGGGUUUAAAGGCUACAACAACAACAACACACUUUCCUCGCAGACCUUUUAAAACAAUCAUGUCAAGCCUCUGCUACACAAAAGGAAACCUAGUGGUUAAAAGGAGUGAAAUUGAAGGAUGCUGACAGGACAGUUGGUGAGAAAUUUUUGCAGACCUCGGUGCUUUACAGCAAUCCUACAGAUGGGCAAACCGAACACUUGUAUUAAUCAUUCGACCUUGGUUGUGGUCUGGACUGCAAAGAAAAAAAGCAGCGGUUCCAGCAUGCAGGUGUUGCCUGGGAUGUCUGUGGUAACCUGUCACAGUGUGGUGAGAACCAGAAAACCUCAGAUCCCUAAGGAUGCACACUGUUCUUGCUGUACUUGCAGCUCUUGGUCCGUGGUGGAAACUGUGUAAAAAUGUCUAAUACCAUCUGCUAAUUGUGCGUCAUGUCUGAAAAGAGCAGAAAGUCUGAAACAGGUCAGAGGAUUGUUAGUGGACUUUUGUGCGGGCAAACACAAGACAGUGAAGUUGUUUUUACGAGGAUGGAAACAUUUCAGUCUAUAGACCCAGUGUGGAGGAACACUAUAUUCUAUUAUAUUGAAAUUGUGUUAAGAAUGCUGCGUUCCAGUUUCCUUGGAAGUUAGAUGUUGGAGCUGGGAAUGACGUUACACCUGAGUUGGCAGCGUUCCAGUUAACAAUUGGAAAACCAAGAUGGUCGCCUACAGUUACCCGUUGUUAGCUGUUAUUUACAAUUGUCAGCUGUCGUUAGCGGUUGUCAGCGGUUGUUAGCCAUUGUCAGCAGUUGUUAGUUGUUGUUAGGGAUACCAGUAGUAAACAACGCAUAACACAGUAUUUUACUCCUGCAAACACCACAGCACCGUGUUCACAGUUAGAUGUUGGGCAGUACAACAUAUACCACUUACUUAAUUUCCCAACAACAAAACAGAAGUGCCAAUAAAUAAUAUAUUACGAGAGCUUUUACUGUUACUCUUAACUGUUGAUGCACUGCGCUGCCAUCGAAUUAUGACGUUGUUGUCAAGUCGGGGCUGGUUAGCAUCGUCCAAUUUUCUGAGUCGGAAAUCUGUCUUCACGGGGGUGUUCCAGAUGAAUUUCUGACUCAGAGCUCGGAAAUUCUGACUUUCGAGUACAACUGGAGCGCACCAUAACUCUGCCUAGACUGGUAAUAUCAACCAGUAGAUACAAAAUCCCGCAUGUUGCUUUUUUAAAUGUGUUUCACAAAAAGUCCAGGAGAUAAAUUUCUAAUUCCAUGUUUUUUUUUCCUUCUGAUUCCACAGGGAAUAAAACCACCGACACCUUUUUCACUUCUUAAUAGACUUUAUUCUGCACACCCAUCAGAAGCUGCUGUGCACCAGCGUCAUCAUGUUGAUAAAAGGCUUGCUGUUCAGCUGCCUGACAAUGGCCCUGCUCCUCCAGCUCUCAAACGCUGGUCUGGUAAAGAAGAUAAUCCGCCACCGCAGGGAGGUUUUGAUGCCCAAGAAAACCCAGGAGAACCUCACCCUGCCUCACCCAGACCAGCCAGUAGUGUUCAACCAUGUCUACAACAUCAACGUGCCCACAUCGUCCCUCUGCUCUGUGGACCUUGACUCCCCAGGAGGCACUGAUCUCAAACACAAGACCUCUCCGAUGGACAUGCAGAACACAGAGCAGAUUGAACACACAGAAGAUGGUGAAAAUCAGAUUGUUUUCACACAUCGCAUCAAUAUCCCCAAGCAGGCGUGUGGUUGCAACAACCAGCUGCCAGACAUCAAGGAUAUCCUGAACAGGCUGGAGAUGCUGGAGUCGGAGCUGUCCAGUCUGAGAGAGCAGUGCAACAGUGGGUCCAGCUGCUGCGGAGCUCCAGUAACAGGUAUGUUCUUACCUUUUACUCCACAUGCUGUUAUUGGCUACCACGAUGAGUCACACUAUCACACUUUCACCUCAUGAUUGUUGUAGCCAAUAUCCAAUAUUUACCAAAAACUUGGAGAAAUCAGUUGGUCAAAUAAAGAAGAGGCAAGAAAGGUGAAGGUGUCACAUUUCUUCAUGAGCUUUACCAACAUGUUAAAAAUUUAUUGUGAUACGUUUAAUUUCAUGUAUUAAGGUUGCAUCAUACGCUGAACUGGUAAAACACUAUUUUCAAGUGAAGUACGUGUAGUCAGAUCAGGGUAGGCCUAUGCAAAAUUAAACAGAAGUUAAAGUUGUUAAUUGUUUUUUUAAAUUAAUCUCCUUGCUAAAAGUUGAUCUUUAAAAAGUAAUGCUGAUUUCUGUGCCCAGUUUUUCUCUAACUAUGAUUAAACUUGCAGCAAUUAUUCACAGUUUAUUAUUCAGAUAUUGAACCUAAAAUGACAUGGAUUGCUUAAGUGCCUCAAGAAAGUUGUGUUUUAUAGUAGAACGAUUAUGAAUAAACACUUCAAAUAAAUGAAAAUUGCAGCAUAACUUUCAAACUGCCUCCACCAAGGAAAUCCAGUUUUCCACUUUGAAACCAUUUCCAAUAUUCUCUUCUCCUUUCCUGCUGUCUCUCAGGUGAAGUGUCCACAAAGCCCUACUGUAAUGGCCGUGGGAACUGGAGUACCGACACCUGCAGCUGUGUAUGUGAACCUGGCUGGAAGGGUCCCAACUGCACAGAGCCUGAGUGUCCCAACGACUGCCAGGACCAAGGCCGCUGCGUGGACGGCAAAUGUGAGUGUUUUGACAGCUUUGGUGGGGAUGACUGUGGACUGGAGCUCUGCCUGCUGGACUGUGGUGACUACGGCCACUGUGUCGAAGGGUCCUGUCUCUGUGAGGAAGGCUUCAUCGGAGAGGACUGCACCCAGACCAACUGCCUGAACAACUGCCUGGGCCGUGGUCGCUGCGUCGACGAUGAGUGUGUUUGUGAUGAGCCUUGGACAGGUUUCGAUUGCUCUGAACUCAUCUGUCCGAACGACUGCUAUGACCGCGGACGCUGCAUCAAUGGAACCUGCUACUGCGACGAGGGUUUUACUGGCGAAGACUGCGGAGAGGUCACCUGUCCUGGCAACUGUAACAGUCGUGGCAUGUGUGUGAACGGUCAGUGUGUGUGUCAGACUGGUUACAGCGGAGAGGACUGCUCAAAACUCACCUGUCCCAAGAACUGCCAUGAGAGGGGCCACUGCUUCAACGGAAAGUGCAUAUGUGAUCCAGGAUUUGAGGGUGAAGAUUGUUCCGUACUCUCAUGCCCCGACAACUGCAACAACAGGGGCCAGUGCAUAAAUGGAGAAUGUGUAUGUGACGUAGGGUACCAAGGUGACGACUGCGGCGAGCUCUCCUGUCCUAACAACUGCCAAGAUCGUGGUCGCUGCGUUAACGGACAGUGCGUAUGCGACAGAGGGUUCGCAGGGGAGGACUGCAGCAUCAAAACCUGUCCAAAAGACUGCAUGGGACGCGGAGAGUGUGUCGAUGGCAAGUGUGUGUGCUUUGCUGGUUUCACCGGGAAAGACUGCGGAGAGCUGACUUGCCCUAACAACUGCCUGGACCGUGGUCGCUGUGUAAACGGACAGUGUGUGUGCCAUAAGGGUUUCACUGGUGAGGACUGCAGUGAGAAGACGUGUCCCAAGAACUGUCUGGAUAGAGGUUACUGCGUGGAUGGCAGUUGUGUGUGCUAUGAAGGUUUCACCGGACCUGACUGCUCCCUACUGACCUGCCCGAAUGACUGUCAGAACCAGGGACGCUGUGAGAACGGGGUGUGUGUCUGUGAUGAGGGCCUCAUUGGGGACGACUGUUCUGGAGGUAAGACAGGAUACAUGGAAAUUGUCAAAGGUAACCAGAAGUUUACUUCUGUUGACGAACUCCAUGCUGUUUGAACCUCUUUUUGCAUGAAUGAUGACAGUGAUUUCUUUUUUAAUUAUACUUUGAAUAAUCCAUUGUCAUCUAGUCAAAACUUAUCAGGGAAAAACCAGAAAACUAGAGAAAGUAAAACUGAAAGAGGAUUGUUUUUUUUUUUCAUUUUGCACCUUUAGAAAAUAGUCAAAAUGCACAAAAAAACCCAUCUUGAAUCAUUUUUUUUCUCAUAUCUAUUAAAAUAUCUUUAUAGGCUGAUUUUAAGCCACAUUCUUAUGAAAGUGCAGUAGAAGUACAGAAAACAUUGUUUUAAAGAUGUGACAUGCCAGAAACAAGACCUUAGUUGCUCAUGGGUAAAACCAAAAUCUGCUGGUGGAAUUAGAAACUUUGACUUUCGCUCGCUUAAAAUAGGAAAACGUUUAUAAUAUUUCAAGAACCUGUAUUUUGUUUCUUAUUUCACUGACAUUUUUUCACACAUUAAAAGAAAUAUAGGUCUUACAUUUGGCUUGUGAUAUCUUAAGAUAAGCCACUUUUCUGUACCUAUCAGGUGAAUAUACCUUUAGUGAAUUCCAAUGAGACGUGCAGAAAUUAGAAAAAAACACACUAUGAUUUGGAGAAUUAAGUGGAAUUUUAAUUUUGCAAGCUAAGCAGAUGGCAAGAAUAGAGCAGCCCAUUCAUAUGGUGAUGGUACCAGCAUGUAGUGAACCCCGUAAACAGAGAGAGGAGAAAUGAUAGAUACAUAGAACUGCAGAUACCAGUAGCGUUGGGUUAGCUUCAUGCUAACUUCGGACAACUUAAUAGAAUUUGUCUUUUCAUUAUUUUAAAAUGUCAUCCUUCAUCAUCUCUUCUACUCCUGCCAUUAUCUUGAUAUCUGAUAAAAAAAAUACAAAGAACCUACUGGGAAUCUGUUGAAAACCAGCCAUGUACACAGCACGUUGUGCAUAAAAUACAUAGCAACUUUGAUCUGAAAACUGUUGGUAUGCACGUCGAAGAAUCCAAUGAUUGCAUUAGUUUAAUUGAAACUGGAUUUUGAAAAAACAUGCAGAGAUGUUAGACCAACUACAAUCAUGCUAAAUCAAACUGUUGGGGAUUGAUUUUAUAUGCUUCCACUCUGUGUAUGCUCCAAAGUUUGCAUGCCAAAGUUGGGGCUUUGCUCCAGCAUAUAAAAGGACAUAAAGACAAACAGUUGUGGUACAGAGCUGUAAAAGUGACAGUGUUUUCAUUGUUCAAUGUAUAUCCCAUUUGCCACUCAGGUUUGUGAAUUGUUUUGGUCCAUGAGGUCCAGAAGUUUCAAGCUGAAAGGGAGCAUGUCAUCACCUACUGUAGCAAAGGUGGACAUGUUUCCUUCAAUAAUCUGACUGUAACUGAGACAAGGGCAGAAGUCCAAUUAAAUCCUCUAAUCGAGCUUUGACCAUAGCUCAGUGUAACUGUGAAUGUAAAUAUGCUGAGAUUUAUGCAGAAGUGAGACAUCUCCACUUAGCAACCAUUGACUUCUUUCUCAUCUUCAAAGUUUGUCUUUUUUUCCUCAUAAUUUGGACUUUAGCAUUUUUCAAGUCUUAGGAGUGAAUGCAGAGCACAUAUCCACAUGCCUCUGGUUACUGUUACUGUUACAUGUGACUCAUUUUCAUCUUCUCUUUCCAGUCUCACCGCCAAAGGAUCUAACAGUAACUGAGGUCACACCAGAGACAGUUGACCUGUCUUGGGAGAAUGAGAUGCGUGUGACUGAGUACCUGAUCACCUACGUGCCCACUGCCCCUGGAGGUCUGGAGUUGGACAUGCAGGUGUCUGGGGACCAGAAGACGGCCACUAUCAAGGAGCUUGAGCCUGGUGUUGAGUACAUGAUCAGUGUCUACGCCGUGCUUAACAACAAGAGGAGUGUUCCCGUCAGUGCUAGAGUGGCCACACGUAUGUAUAUCUUUUUUUUUAAAAGUAGUCUUCUAAAUGCAAUGCCAAGUUUAGAUGCAAUGGGAUGAGAGUUUCAUUCUGUACCCUCUUAGAUCUGCCUGAGCCUGAGGGGCUCAAAUUUAAGUCAGUGCGGGAGACCUCAGUGGAGGUGCAGUGGGACCCCUUGGACAUUUCCUUUGAUGGUUGGAACCUAAUCUUCAGAAACACAGUAAGUCCUGCUUUUGGAAAUGUAAAUAGAGCUUCUGUAUUGGAGUAGGUGGUUGAACUCCAACGAUUUAGCCAUUAUCCACAUUUUCCUCUGGUAGAAACCAAAAAUGACCCGGUGCAGAUCCCCCUCUUCACAUUUCAGAAGGAUGAGGAUCAGGUUGAGUGUUCUGUGGAAAAACACGCUGCCAAGCUGAUUCGUAAAAUCACAGCAGUUUUAACCGUUAGCAUGUCACGACAGCUCCAAAGACAACAUAGCAUACGGCCAAUGUUACUCAAUUUAUCAUCCUUUUUUUUAGUGCUCACAGAAACUCUUCUGAACAGUGCUGCUGGGUUCUCAAAGUCACACUACUAAAUUGAGCCCCCUGUUGACUCUUGGGUCCAAAUGCCACCCAGAGGGCCAUUAUGUAUGAUUUGACUGUUUUUUCUUCCCACUCUACAUAUGAUGCCAGAGCUAGUCUUUGUAGUGGUUGAUGACUGGAGGUUUUUUUUGGGGGGAACUGGCAGAAAGAGGAGGAUGGUGAGAUUCUCAACUCCCUCGGCCGUCCAGAGACCACCUUUGAGCAGUCAGGCCUGGGCCCUGGCCAGGAAUACGAGGUCAAGCUGCAGGUGGUGAAGAACAACAAGCUUGGAAAGCCUGCCUCCAAGAGCGUUGUCACAAGUAAGUUUACACUUUCAUCCUCUUAACUGGAUUACCAUUCUUUUGUUUCAGACUUACUCGACUGCCGUCUUUCCAAAUCGCUCUAAAUACACUUUCUUAACCCUCAACUACAAAAACUCUUCUACUAUAAAAAGCAUACGUAGCAACUGUUGCGUUAUACAACAAAAUCCAUAAAACAUACUGUAGUUGUUCCCUUUAGGUACUGUAAGUGAGGGGAACAGGGCGUGAGUGAUAAGGUCAGCAACACUGUAAAUAAAUGUUAUGUACUCAACUGCCAUCCAAUUCUUGGAUCCACAAUCCACCACUGCCUGGCAACAAAAACAGAGACAACUUUAGUCAAGAUGAUGGGAUUAAAGGUCCAGGUCCAGAGGUGGUCCUUAGAGUACUCAUAAUCGAUGCACAAUUCAUUUAAUUCAUAUUUUCAGUUAUUCCUUUUUUAUUGUCCUGAACUUUCCAGCCUUUAUUCAGUAAUCAGGAGAUUGAUUAAUUCAGGCUUUUUGUUUGAUUAAUCUCUUUAACCCCACAUGUAAACAGCUUCCAUAUGAUGUGAUGAUGAACAGCAGACUUACUCAUCGAUUAUGUUACUGCAAUGUGUCCUGUGACUUCUUUUUUCCACCAUUGUAGUUUUACUCUGUUUUUGCUGUUUCAUGAUGCUCAGUCAAAAACUUAUUCGUUCUGCUCUGUGCACUCAGAGGUACGGAAACUGAGAACGGCCACGGAUUUUUCUUUUUUUAUGUAGUGCUAUCUCGUGAUAACGACUUAUCUCGUUAUCUCCAUAUAACAGUUUGUUUUCUCUACUUAUUCUUUUAGCUAUCUCGAUAUAAUAUAGAUUGUUUUCUCAUGAUAACCUUGGCGUAUUUCUGGAACGCUACUGCCACCGUUGUCAACAGCAAGUCGGGGUUUUCAAUGAAAACACGGACAACACGCUCCAUUUUGCGCAUUAUAGCAUUUUCACUGAAAACCCAACUUGCUGUUGACAACCGUGGCUGCUGCAUUUCAGAAAUAUCCUAAUAUUGGAGGGCGUUUGUAAAGUUACUGUUGAGAUCAGCUAAAACACCAUAUCUGUGAUCUUGAGAAAAUGGUCUAUGCCAUGCGGAGAUAACAAAAAAAUGAGCCAAGAAAACAAACUUUUUUAUAUCAAGAUAACAAGGUAAGUUGUUGUGAGAGAUAUCAGUGCAUCAAAAAGAGAAAAAUCCAUGGCCGUUCUCGGCUUCCAUACAGAGGAACUUGAUCUGCCUCUUUCUUUUUCUCUGUUGCAUGUUGGGUUGUUUUCUUUAAAUUUUCCCUAAAACUCUCUUCUGACAUUUUUUUUUUAACUGCUGAAAACAUAAAUUGAAAACCUUUCGAUGGACAAUACUCUGUUUUUUCAGGCCAAGAAAAAAAAUAUCAAAGGUUUUUGUGGAAGAAAUGCUUAUGUAGUGUCUGAUUCAAGCGCAGGUUAACAUGUUCAUGCAUUCAGUCGAAUCUCGAGUAUUUGAAUUAUCCAUCUCACAAUCCCCAACAGAGUAUUGAAAACAUGCAGACAUGUCAACCAUGACUGAUUAGUUCAUUAAAUUUCAUUGCAUUGUUGUGAUUUAGCAGGGGUAGUAAAAAGAGAUAUGAAUUUCCAGCCCUACUGGCAAGUUAUUCCAUACAGCUCCAUCAGGCAAUAAAUGUCAGUAGCUCUUCUCUGGGGACCUCGGAGCUGGGGAUCAAUAAAAAAAGAGAAAACAGGGUUCAAUUGUGAGCUUAUCCUGCCUGACCAGCCAUAAACCACCUGUCUAUUAUUUUUGAGUGUAUAUAAAUAUACACGUCUUGUUGAAGUUGUUAAAUGUGUAUUUUCUUUCAAUCUAAGCCACAGCAGCAAGGAAAGCUAGUCCUUUGCUAAAACUAAGCUUGGUGUUUUCCCAAGACAGCUUCUAUUAUAACAAAGCAAAUUCAGUCACAGCAUUGUUACAGAGCUGUGUGUGAUGAAAUGCCAUAUGAGACUCGUAAUUACCUUUUUAUUGUCUGCUCACAGCGGGGGGAGCAGGCAGGUAAAUUAAGGGCCAAGUGUAGAGAGAGUGCACUGCUUUUGUCAACAAUCAAACUCGUCUGUCUUUACAAAGAUGAUAGAAUUAGGCUUCAGUAUUCAAAGGGAUGAAUGUUUCAUAAAUUAAGCACAGCAUUGGUCCAAGCUCAAGCUCAGUGUAUAUCAGCUGACAGCUCAGCCUACUACCUUCUACACAUUUGAUUGGCACAUGUCAAAACAGGUGUUCAAUGACUUUAGUCCGACUUCUCUGGCUGCUUUUUCUACAAACUCUACAAGCUCUCAGAACAGAGUCAGACUGAAAUGAAACAUAUCGCAUGUAAAUGACUCACUCUCUUGAUUGAACACCUAUUUCUGCAAUGGCACCAUUUUUCCUUACAGAACUCCAUUAACCGCCAGCUCUGUAACCUUUACUUCUGCAGUGAUUGAUGCCCCCAGCCAGGUGGAUGUACGUGAUGUGACUGACACCACAGCACUGGUGACAUGGUUCCAGCCUGUGGCUGCCGUGGAUGGGGUCAGCAUCUCAUACGGACCCAGCUCUAAUCCAGCUGAUCGUAAUGUGGUGGAGCUGUCAUCCACUGACACCCAGUAUCACCUGGGAAGCCUCAACCCUGACACGCAGUACGAGGUGUCUCUGACUGCUCAGAAAGGAGAAAGGACCAGCACCCCCGUCUAUGAAUCUUUCCUCACAGGUAAUUACAUUUGAAGCGCUUUGCUUUCAGGUCGAAAAAUUAAAUCUAUCUGAAUUUUUACAUUAAAUAUUACAACCCUCUACGAGAUGAAAAACAGCCCUGACCGUUAACUGGUAAUUACAGCCAAGUUUAACGAGCUGUGUGUCAGCUGCAGGGGACAGGACCACACAUGCAGGAUUCAUAUACAACUACACCUUUAUGAGGAUGCAUAGCUUGAAUUUAUGUGUCAGGAUGUGUGUGUUCCUUGAAGGACCCCAUAUCCUUCAAAGUAAAGGAUAAUGAGGGACCUCCCCAGGAUUGUUCUAGAGAAGAACUACUUCAGAUUUAGGCCUCAUAGAUUUGAGUUCAUGUCGAUCUAAAGUACAUUUCUGGGUUUCAGACCUUGACGCCCCCACCGACCUGCAGACAGUUGAGCUGACUGAUGAGAGCAUCACCCUGGAGUGGAAGAACAGCCGAGCUCAGGUUGAGAACUAUCGCAUAAAAUACGGUCCUCUGUCUGGAGGCGAGCACGGGGAGCUGCUCUUCCCCCCUGGACUCAAAGGCAGCACUCAGGCCAAGAUCACAGGUAAACACACACAUACACACAUCAUGUUUAACCCCAUCUCUAGUGGGACUUCCACCUAUUUACUUGAGAAGAACACAAUUUUAAUAAGGUGUGUCACUUAUAUAUAUACUGAUCCGAACUUUGACAGGUGUCUCUAAUGUGCGGCCUCUUUGAAAAUGCUGCAGGAAAGUUGGAUAUUUGUAAAAAGUUGUUGUUGUUGUUGUUGUUUCAGGGACUCAGCAGUCAUUUUCAUUCAUCUAAAGUAUGACCCUGCAGCCACGCACCAUGCUGGAGCACUUAGCCCUGGACUAUAAUGUUUGCAGCUUCUGUUAAAAACAACCAAAUCUUGCUAAGUCAAAACCAUUAGGCUGCCUCAGAGCAGACAUACUCAGUGUUUUCAUUCUUUUGUCUGCUUUGGUUCACACCAGCACAUUACCUCUUUGCAUCCAAAUGACACAGCUGAAAAGCCUCUGUGGGAAAAAAAUACAGUGUGAAGUGUUUAUUCUCUUAAUUCUGCGGGCAAGUGUUUGUUGUCCUUAAAUGGUCAGUGUUAUACUGAGCCUGCUCAUUUCCAGAAUGGGUUGCCUUUGUUUAGUGUUGUGAAAUGUUUGCCCGUCUACAAAAGGCCCACUUUAUUAGAAAACCACCCAGGGGGGUUUGGCAUUCAGACUUUAAAUGGAAUAACACUGCCGCUUGUUUCACUGUGAGAUCUUGUUUAAAGGAGAGAAGCGGUUGUGUUUCAUCUAUCUGCACCGGUGACAUUAUAAAGCCAUGCUUUGAGGCGGAUGUGUUUUUUUUCCCCUCUGUUUGUUUCUACCCUAUGAGCUGCAGCAUGGUAGGAUUAGACAUCAUGCAAAACCGAAAAAAGGCUUCCAAAAAAACGUCCUCAUAGAGUCUUUGUCUAGACCAAUUCUUUGUCCUUGGGGGGCCCAUCCCAUGGAAAUAAAGCACUGUGUCCAUUCAGCCGACGUCCCCCUCCACUCCUUACACACCUCAGCACUUCUUUCACACAGUUAUUAUCUGUAAUUGCCUUCACGCUCGUGAUUUUAUUGAUAAUGAGUUUCCUGGGCAUUAGGUGUAAUUUCAUGCUGCAAGACUCUGUGUGUGAUGACCUCUGUGGGAGUUAAUAAAGGAAUUAGAGGCGAUCAGGCCAAGAGAGGGCUUAAUUGUAGAGACCAAAGGGCCUCUAGAGCCCGUUGUAUCAUAGCAAGAAGUGUUUCUGCUCCACGACAAGGGCCCUAUAGAGCCAUCAAUGGAAAUACAACACACAGGGAGCGCAGUCUUACCAUGAAAUGCAAUUAGGCUGCAAUCUAUUGUGCAAUCAAGCCACAUGAGAGCAUUUUUAUGUGUGCCACAGGCAACUGGAACCAUCAGACGAAACAGCUGGCCACUUGACUAGAGAGUCCCCCCCCCUCGUUGAUUCAGUGACACACAAACAUGACAUAGCUUUUCAAUUUUGUUACACUGUGUUUUGAUGUUGCCUGUAGGUCUGAGACCGGGAACAGAGUACGGGAUGGGUGUGACUGCAGUGAAGGUCGAGCGUGAGAGUCUGCCGACAACCACCAACGCAGUGACUGGUAAGAUGCUUACCUUAUCUACAUUUUAUUUCAUAAACUCAAAUUCUUCAAAAUAUUUAUUCCUUUUUUUAAACUUUUUCUUCUCAUACAAAGUAAUACUGACAAAAAAUGUAAUUGAGGUGUCUAUGUAGACAAAAAACAAUAUCUGUAAUCCAAUAUAAUAACACACCCCAAACCUACACAAUUAAGCCCUGUCUAAUGGGAAUUAAUGAAAUAAAUAAAGAAUAAAAACUGUGAUAGAGCAAAUCUAUGCACCUAAGUGACAGAUAUAGCAUAGCUCUAGGGAAAGAUAAGAAAAUGGAUAAUAACAAAUGAAAGAAAUCAGAAUAACUCUUCAUUGAUGUCUAUUUCUAUAACGCAUAAUAAGCAUAUUUAUAACGCAUUAUUAUCACGUUAUAGCACUGUAUAACUAUAGUUAUAAACACUCAUAAAUGAUCAUAAUGCUUUAUAGCAAUAAUCAUAACACAUUAUAAAGCAUUUUAUCAUGACUUACAAGGUCAGGUGUUAUAAUGUGUUAUAACUGUUAACAACAGUUCUAUUGCAUUAUCUAUGUGGGCAUUGUCAGUGAGUUCUUAACAGUUAUACCACAUUAUAAUACCUGAUCUUGUAAGUCAUGAUAAAAUGCUUUAUAAUGUGUUAUGACUAUUGCUAUAAAGCAUUAUGAUCCUUUAUGAGUGUUUAUAACUAUAGUUAUACAGUGCUAUAACAUGAUUAUAACGUAUUAUACAAAUAUUUAUAAUGCUAUAUAGAGAUAGGCGUCAAAUAAAGUGUUACCGAAAUCAGAAAUAUACUAAUAGAUUAAAUAGAUUAAAACUAAUUUUAAAAUGAAUAUGCAAGAACUAUGUUUACUAUAUUUAAAAGCAACCCACACUUCUCCCCCACUUGUCCCUUUAGCCCUAGAUGCUCCCAAGGACCUGACUGUUGCAGAGGUGACAGAAACAACCAUGCUGCUGGAGUGGAAGCGCCCAAUGGCCAAACUGGACUCCUACAAACUAGUCUAUGUGUCAGCCGACGGACACAGGAACGAGGACAUGGUCCCAGGCAGCUCUGAGUCUCACACUCUGAGGAGCCUUACGCCUGGCAUGCUGUACACCAUCAGUAUCACUGCUGAGAGGGGCCGCAGGACCAGUGUACCCACCUCAAUCUCAGCCCCCACAGGUUAGUAAUGUGAAAACACGCCUACGACCUCAAAAAGCAAAAAAUCUUUCUUGAUAAACAAAAGUGCUUUCUUUUGUAUUGUGUUUUAUUGCUGGAAAGAAAUACCUGAAAUCUGAAAAUUUUGGUUUAUAGUUAUUAGUUCAGCAUUUAUUCAACAAUUCCAGAUAACAUUUGUUCCUAUAUAAAAGUAACAAAGCAGGGGUUGCAGUUUCCUUUUUAAAGUUGCACCAUUAUCUUUAAUGUGGCGUGCAAAUAACAAGGCAUAAUAAACUACCCCCCAAAUAUGAGAAUCUAAAUCUGAAACUAUAAACAGAUUAAAGGAUCGCCUGCUUUGCUAGGUUGCUCUAGAAGUAAGAAGGAUUUUUUUAAGGGUGAAUUGACCUCAAAUCAUGUAGCUAUUAUGUUUGAUUCAAUAUGUAGCCCGGCUGUGACUGAGUGUGUCAGAGAUUCAAUAACUGUACAAUGUGUGUGAAGCAAAGGCUCCUCUGAAUGUUCCCCAAUGUUUCCACGAGGGUUCUAGCUGGUGGCUCAGGCUGAGGGAAUGAGAGAAGUACUCAUUAACCAAAGGUUCAUUUUUUUGUCCUUCAGUACUGCAGCCAAACCAAGGCAAUGAAUUGAAUUCAUUGUUAGACACCCAAUGUAAGUCACUCUGUCUCUUCCCUCCUCCCGCUCUCCCACCUUCCCCCAUAGGCUUAUUUAUAGCAUGUGGGAUUAUCUUUCAUUUUUCCCCCUAUUUUUUUUAGUGCAAAACAAGAAAAGACAAAUAGGAUGAUUGUGGCAUAUUUUUCUUGCUGCGGUAAGGGUGCCUCCAAGACAAAUAUUUUACAAGCAAAUCUUCUAGUUAUGCAACUGGUGCCCAUUAAAUGCAUGGCUACUGGCAAAAAUCGAUAUGGCAUGAGGGAGAAACUAGUGAACAGCAGAAAAACUGUUUUUUGUUGCAUUUUCUGGACUGGACUCUGCCAAGAAGAACAGAACACAGACUUCUUACUGUGUGUGUGGUUUGUGUGUGUGUCUGUGUGGUUUGUGUGUGUUCAUAGGUUGCUAUAAGUGCUUAAGUAUAUGUGUCGAACUCUUAUGUCCACUUGCUUUUGUGUUUCUGCUUCACACGUGAUUGAGAGACUGAAGGGCUAAAAAGACUCUGACAGUGAAACUGGAGGGUUGUGUGUGUCCUGUGUAUGUGUGUGUGUGUGUGUUAGGGGGGAGAGGGGGGUGCUGGGGGGCUGGGGACAUUUGUACGGACAUGUGUGCACCCUGCACAAUGUUCAUUCAUGUGAUAAUUGUUGGCAUGAGCCCUGCUCCCCUCUGGUUUUGUGCGAUUUGACCACGAUGAACUGUGGGUCUGUCAGAUAAAAGGCCACAUGCUGGGACUCCUGUUAAAACAUUGUCCCCCCAAAAUCAGGAGCCCUCUAAUCCACAGCCAGCCCAGCUGAUCUGCACUCUUUAUCUUCUCCAGACAUAUAGCUCAAACACAGAUCACGCUGGUUUUACAGGAAGGAAAGAGGAGUGAUGGAGCGAGAUGUGACAAGGUCGGAGGAAGGUCUGAAAGAAGUUGGGGUUAAUACUUUGCCCUAAAAUCAUGAAAGGUCUGUCCAGAAACUAGAUCUUUACCUAAGAAACAAGAUUAGGCAGAUGUUAAAACAAAACAAUCGAUUAACAAUGCACAGAUUAUGAUAACUUAAACCAUUAAGUUGUUAGGUUACCAGCAAUAUAUAGAUAACACCUUCAUCAGGUGACCCGGCAUGUUAGAAGAAAUAAAGAUCACGUCUGUUUGACUGUCUUCAUAAAUGACCAGCUGUCAAGUAUGUUGUGUUUCAGCACUCACCUCAGAUGCCACAACAACCUGGAACACAACAGUCAAUUCAUCCCUCCUGCAUCCCUUAGCAUCAUUUUGAGCAUCUUGCUUAAUAUGAUGAUUCUGCAUGAACAGUUGACUUAAAAAAAUAGAAAAGAAAACAUGAGGCAUGUAAAAAGCAUGACUCGGUCCUGCAUGCACUAACAUGAUCUGUGCAUUAGGACUGAAAAGCACAGAUCCCGCCUGGGUAUAAAGCUUGACCCUCAUCCUGACGAUGAAAGGACUGCAGUAAUAUGAGAGUGUAAGUAAUGGCAGAUUUCAGAGUGGGAUAGUGAUAUCACAGGAGAGUAUUUGAGUGAUAGUAAGUGUACUAUCCACAGAGGAUUUCUGUCAGCUUGGCUCUUUUAUGAAGAAAUUUCAGGUGAACCAAUACAGAAGUUAGACCAUGACUAGGCUAUCAACAGCUACAGAUGGGGUCAGCUACAUUACAUAAUUGAACAAAUAUUAACAAAUAAUAACAACGCACUGUUCUCAGUGGAAUCGUAUGGUAUAAUUUGUUGUCUGAAAGCCCCUUUUUUUGCAAUACUCUUGAAAGUGGUGCACAUUUUUUCUUACCAGACUAAUAGAUGGAAUAUUCUGAAGGAGACACGACAUGCCAAAGGAGAUGGGAGAAAGUUCUCUGCUAACUGGAGAGCUGGUGGUUUCCCAGGUAACCUGGUGAUGGUGCAUGUGUAUAAGCCCACACCCAUGAACUGAGAAAACCACUUCCACCACAAAUGGUGACAACAGUAGCCUAUGUCAGGACUUUUCUGAAUCAGAGGAUACCAGCAGCUCACAUGUGGCUGCAGUCUGCAUGACUCAUGGUCCAGGGUCCCUGACUCACUCUAUGUUAAAACACAUUUUCUUCAAAUCUCAGAAGGGAAAUAAAAGAAAACUAGAAGGGCUGAAUCAAAGUGCCUCUGCAAAGAAAGUUUUCCACCCCCUCUGUAUAAUACACAACCUAUGGUUCACAUUAUAUCUACCUUAUCAAAAUACACUGUCUGUUGUUGAAAGGGAAGAGUGGGGUGGAAUUACAAGCUCCACAGACAUUUUUGUGUCCAAUGGACUCUUACCAAUACUCUUUGGUUUUUGGUGCUUAGAACUAUGACAAAUUGAUAUAACAAACUGUCAAAAUUCAUGAACAUCAUAAACCCGAACCAUAGGACAAAAACGAAUGGGCUUGAGUCCUGAUGGCAAAGUGAAGCCCUGAAACAUUUCAAAUCGAGUUGUUGCUGACGUUUAGAAUAGCGCUUUGGUUGAUGUUCAAACUGACCAAAUGACAUGAUGAAGCUGACUCCCUCUGCAGUGCUUGAUAACCUAGCUUCUGUUCUGGUUCUCUUGCUAGUUUCUAGACAUAAUCCUAAAUCUACUCUUGGCAAGUACCUCACAUAGAACCACUGAACCAUUUAUUUAAGGUUGUAUUUGUCAACUUUUCUUUUAUUACCCUGUUUAUACAUAUAGCUGUUGCAAACAGGACUCAAAACCUACUACUGCUAUACUUGCUGACUCAAAUCCUUCCCGGACUGAAGGGCCAGAAACUCAGCAGGCACAUCAUUCAAGGAAUCCAUUAUCCUUGAAAAUAUGAGCUCUCACAAGGGAUGAUCAGCUGAUUCCAGAAAGGACUCCCACCCCCCCACCAUUACUAUUGUCUACCAUCCCAUUUGUGCUCCAUUCUGGCAUAUGGUGAAAAGGGGAUAAUGUGAGCCUUAAUGUUUACCUGCACCAUCUAUCUCUGUCUCUUUCUAAUCUGCUUUCUGAAUGCUUGCACACUCAAUAGACUCCAAUUAUAGGCUGCUGCACGUGGCUCUCCAUAGGUUUGAAGUGGACGGCGUACUCCUGCCAUUCUGGUCAGGCUACACUGUGCCUUCAAAUGUUAAUGGCUCAUUCAUAGCCAUUAAUGUGCACGAGCUGCAUCAGCAUGUCUGCCUGCUGAUUCCACCUUUAAGUCUUCCCACUUAUAUGGAAAUAAAGAGGAGAUGGCUACAGGCAGCCAUUAAUGAUGAGGCUGUUUUCUCUCUCGGCUUUUUGUAGUGGAAAUAGGGGGAACAUUUCCACUCCAGACAAAGUGAUGGCGAUGCUUUUUUCCCUUCUGACAGAAAAAUUGAAUGACUGAAAUACAAAUAAGAAAUGAUCAAUGUCACUGAGGACUCAUUAUGCUGAGCGGUUUUGUUCUGUGUGUUUUCACAACUAAGGUUCAGAGACAACCGACAAGUUUUUGAUGUGUGUAUGUUUGUUUUUCAAGGUUACACUGAAACAUGGUGGUGAUUCUCAGUCUUAAACUCUGCUGUCAACUUACUGUCAGUCAAGUUGGGUCCCAAGGAACUGUGAGAUCCAUCCAAAAGAACAACAACCUGCAUUUGGUCUCCUUUCUGUAUGUGUGUCCCAGUCUGGUAACUUCAUGUUGAUGUGUUUGUUAUCACCCAGAGGAGGAGAAGCCUGUUGUGACCAACGUCACUGUCAGCGAAGUAUCAUGGGACAGCUUCCUCCUGUCCUGGUCUGCUGAAGACGGGGCUUUUGGAGCCUUUGUGAUCGAGGUAACUGACGCAGAGACGGGUGCUGAGUGGCAAAACCACACAGUGCCCGCUAAUGCUCGCAGCCUCGCCAUCACAGGCCUCACCCCUACCACCUGGUACAGGGCCAGUCUGUUCGGGGAGUUCAGGGGGGCUCUCUUAGACCCUGUCUUUGCAGACACCAUCACAGGUAUCAACGCCGUCAAUGCUUGGGCCUCACUCUUUCCUUUGCUUCCUUCUUCUUCUUCUGCUGCUGAACAUGGAAAAUUAACCAGUGUGUUCUUGAUUGGACGUAAACAUCAGCUCCAAAGUGAAAGUCUGUCACAUGGCAGUUUGUUGACUCUUCCAAGACAGUUAUUUAUCUAUUUGACCACAUUCGUCAUGUCAGACAACAGAAAUGCAAAACAUUUCGAGUGCUUUAAAAUGAAAGCCGCCAUAAAGGCAAGCGAGGUCAACAAAAUCUCUGCCAUUAGGACUGCACAAUGUAAAUCCCCUACCCUGUUGUUACUCACGAUGCACACAUCCACUCCCAUGAUGCUGAGGGUGGUGAAACAGCCUAACAAUCCCCACAACUGACACAAACCCAUUUAAUCUUUAUUAGCCAGCAGUAAAUACACAUUAAAUCCAGCUUGAAGCACUUAGUCUUCCUGUUGGUCUGAAUCCAGCGUGAAAUAGCACCUGGUCUGUUUUGUGAACAAGCAAGAACGCAUACAAAAAGGUCAGUGUGCUCUUAAACUGGAGCACAACAGGUGUGCUGGUUUCCUCCCUCUUCACCAAUCCUAGUCAUUAUCAAUGAUUAACAUGCUGUCACUUUUAGCAUGUGUCUAAUGAAAAGGCUGUAAACAAUGAAAACUAAUUCUGUUUAUGAUGUCUCUUAGCACCUUAAGCGUAACCAAAAUGCACUUUGUGGACCGACAUCCUCAAUGUGACCUGAUAAAACUCUCCAGACUAGAGCAGAGGGUCAAAAUAACCAGUUCUGGGUCAUCCUACAGUUUUUUUUUUAAAUAGUAAGAGCAACUAUCCCAGAAUUAUCAUUCAGCAUUUCAGUGAUGAGGAUCAGUCAAGUGGAAGAAAGAUGGGAGGACUGACAGAGGACAAAAAAAUCCCUGAGGCGCUUUUGUCACUUUGUGUGAGGCCUCUCUUCUGUAUGCAUCCCCAGCUCCCCCAAGCCUGGACCGCUCUUCAUUCUCAUGCUGCCAUUGCCCCUGGGCUCUGGUGCUUGGGUGCCAGGGGCUUCUGGGGCCAUGCAGAAAAUGGCAUGAGCUCAACACAGCCCAUUGUCUGCAUGCUAAUGACCGGCGAAACCAUCUUAACAUAUUUCAUUAGCAUUACUUAAUAAAUAAAACAUUCAAACUUGUGAAUACAAGCGCUGACUAAUUUCAUUAUGUUACGCACGGUGGUCAUCACUCUGCUGGAAGAAGGGGAAAAUAGAGUCCCCCUCUUGCAGGGGAGCGAAGAAACUUUAAAAGCAGAGAGAGAGAGUUAAAUACAACUACUGACUGAUGGAACCACAAAGAGAUGUGGACAGCACCCAGAACAAGCUCAACUCAGUUGUGAUUCAUGUGACCACAAGCUGCUCUCGUAAAGUUAUCAGGCGAGACUGAAACCAGCUCUGUUUGCAGACCCCAUUUUCAGCAGGUUAGCUGGCGCCGACGCUCACCUCCUCCACUAACAGACUCGCUUUUGUAAGAGAUGAUUGUGUUCCCCCAGGCCUUGGGGGGUGUGGAGGGAUAUGGGAUAGAGGGGUAGAAGUGGCGGCGGAGGGAGGGUGAAAUCAGUAGCAAGCUAGCACAUGUUAGCUGAUGGAUGUGGCCCUCCCUCUCUUCCACUGACCAGCUAAAGCUGCCCGGCGGCUAAUGAAGAGUGACAGCUCCCUAGGAUUUGUCUGCUUUGCUUCUCAUUUCCACCGCUUCUUCUCACAACCAAUGCCUCAUGUGUUUUUUCUUCACAAUAAAAAAGGGUUUCAGGCUAGUUCAAGGACCCCUGAGACCCUCGCAUUUGGUGUAGUGUUUUAAUGAGCAGUGGUGCUGGGCUUUAUUGAGGCUGUCCUGAGCCCACUUAUAUCUGCUUCUGUCCAGGGCUGCUUUUAAAGCCUGUCCGGUCCAUGCAUCCAUCUGUGCUACCGGAAGUUUCUCUGACUAAUUAGCUUCAGCAGACUCAUCCUCUGGAGAAACAGAGCUUUAUUCUCCAGCAGCUGUAGACUCACGCUGCCUCUCUGCCUAUCACUGCCAUUAUUAGCCGCUUCUAAUGACUACUUAACUACCAGCUUCUCUGCAACCACAUUCACACACUCCAUCUGGAUGCCACUAGUUAUGUGACUGCACAGCACAGAAUUGUACAACUGCUCCGAGACAGACAGCUGUUGUUUGACAAACACUCUUUACUUUGAAAUCCCUGAAUUAUGCAAGAAUGUAAGGUGAGGAAAGGUGUGACACUUUUUUUUCAGAAAGUAAAAUGAAAGUGAAAACUGUUUCACUUUUAAAAUCAAAUUAUCCAGUAAUAAAAAAAGAGGAGGAAAAAGUUGUUCUUUUUGAUAUCAUCUUUGAAGAAAGGUUGAAAUGUGGGGAAUAAAGACGAAAUACAAUUUCAAUAUCACACUUCUCCAUAAAAUGGUUCCUGGGUUAAAGUGCUCGAUCACUUGUUAGAAGACACUCUUAAUCAUGCUUUAAAAAAAAAUAGCCAAAACAAAUGGUAAGCAUGUAGAAAUGCAACAAACUGUAUGUUUAUCUGCACAAUUUGUCAUUAAAACUCGCACAGGAUUGACUUCAUUGAGGAAAUUGUGGUGAUUGAUGUUGGUCACCAUUUUUUUUUCUUGACUAAGAUAAACUACAAAAACAUUGAUGAUCAACGUUGGGUAACAUAACUUAUGAACUUGUAAAAGUAACUGGACAUCUAAUAUGUCAAUCCAAGUGCAAUCAUUACAUUACUGUCACAGGCUGAGUCAGUUUUGACUGGUCACUCACCUGCAAUAAGUGCACUGCAGGUUCCAAAUCUGCUGCAUUGGUUCUCUGCACUCACGCCCUCUUCCUCGUUUUCAGCCAUUGACUUUUCUCGAAGCAUGAUAGUGACAAAGACACAACCAGCAUGUAGGAAAAUGUCAGUUUAAUGUUUGACAUUUGCAGUUUUUUUGCUGCUAUAACAGUUAAUGGUGAUAGCUCAGCGAUUUAACCUCUAUUCUCCUAGUUUUGGAUCAUGUUUAGAAUGACAUAGAAUUUGAUAGAACUGCCAAAAUCACAAAGAGAACAAACAUUAGGUUGGUAUCAAUUGUCCAAAACAGGUAAAACAGAUUUAGCCAUGUCUUACUCCAGAUUAUUACCAUGUUUUACAAUUUAAGAUUUUACACAUAUCAGAGUAUGAAACAUCAGUGACUAUACAGCCUUUAUAGACACACAGUGUUUGAGCUCUAAAAAAACGGUCAUAAAUGAUAGUCAUAGAUUCAGUCAUAGAUUCAGUCAUAGAUUUGUAUCAGUGUUGCACCUUUUGGAGGGAUUUUUUUAUUUUAAUUUUGACUUUUUUCUUGAAAAUGAAUUCUGACUUUAUCCUCAAAGUUGAACUUUGAGUUUUUCCUUGACAUUAAAACGCUAUUUGUUCUUUCAUAACUAAGAGUAGCCAAAGUAGCCACUUUAAUCCCAGUAUUUGGACUUCUCAGAUUGAAUAGGAAAAACAUUCCACCUCUCACUUUUAAUUUCUCACCCCUGGCUGAAAACUCUCCUGCUUAAGACAUAAAGUAAAUGAUUUUGUUUGCGAAGCAUUCAUGUCCAUUGGGUGAAUGGACAAUAGGAUGAUGGAGAUAGGAAAGCAAUAGAGUAUCAAUAGAAUACCAUUCAUAGUUGUUAACUACCUUUCCUUUUUCUUAACUUUUCCAAAAGUACUGUUUAACUAAAAAGAAACACACAUUUGCAACACUAAUCAGUCUUACAGAAGCUGACAUUUGGGUGCAGAGUAAGCUACAAAAAAGCAUCUCCUUCCAGAGCAUCAGGGACAGACUGUCAUCAUUUACACUGUGAUUCAACAACAUCACAAAAAAAUUUAAAUCUUAUGCUUCAUCCUAGGCAAUCAGUUGCUGACAGGCAUACUUUUCUGCUUUACACCCUUAUUUAUCACCUGCUGUUCACAUCUGUCUGUUUGUCAUCUCACUACAGCGCAGUUCUUCACUCUUCUGUUGUAAACUCUUUAUUUCUUGACUCUCGCUGGUAUCCCAAACAACUAAUGCUGGCAUAUGCAUAUUGAAUAACAUGCUCUCUUUUAGCUGUCUUGUACCUAAAAUGUCAACGCACUUUGACAUAGAGAAGAAAAACUGACUCUUCCCUGUCACUCAGAGGCCGAACCAGAGGUGCAGGCUCUCCUAGUCUCGGACGUCACCCCUGAGAGCUUUAGUCUGGCCUGGAAGGCUGAAGAGGACGCCUUUGACACAUUUGUCCUAAUGGUCAGUGAGACUGAAGGCUCAGGCCAACCCAAAGAGCUGGUGCUGGGUGGGGAGGAGCGAAGCACGGCCUUCACAGAUCUCAGCGAGGACACAGAGUACAAAGUUGAAAUCUUUGGGCUCAUUUUGGGGAAGCUCUCCAAGUCUGUGGUGGAGCGGGUGAGAACAGGUACACGGUGAAAGGACGGAUCGAGAUAUAUGAGCUGAAAUCUUGACUGCGCUGGUCUUAUCUAUGUUUUUAAUGUUUGAUGUCAGUGUCGUUUUAGUAACAGCAUGAAACAAGGUCAUUAAUACGUGUAAUGCUAACAUUUGUCUUUUGUAUCACAGAUAGUUUGUUGACUAACCAGGUAACAAAAGUGAGUUGGUAUUUGUUUAAGGCACUAAAUGCUGCAAACUGACCAAAAGUAAAACUGUUUGAAUGUGGAGUAGUAGUCACUGAGGGUUAACGGCUGCAUUGUGUGCCUUGUGUAGGUGUCUAUGUGUUGGGUGUUCGGUGUUUCAGACCUGUGUCUCAGCGUUCUUGAGUGGUCAAAGCAAAGAGCAGCAGACGGUCUUUCAUCCACACCAGGUCUACAGCAACAUGGUGGAAGUCACACUCUGAUUUCAGACACUGCUGAUCUCAGGACACAGACUGCUGCUGCUUGGCUGAUACGCGGUUUCACGAAUAUUAAACUUCUUUUAAAAAUGGGUUUGGCCAGUGCAAAUUUAUCACAUCCACAUAUCUGUAGACAUUGUUUUUACUCUGUUUCAGCCUUUCUGCCAACUUUCCAUUUAAUCAAAAUAAUCAAGAUGAACAUUUUUAGAAAGCAAGGUGUCUGCUUCAUCCCAUGGUGAUGACUCAGACAGCUUCUGUUUAGAGCUGCAUUAGCUUAACCUUGCAUCCACACAGUCUUGAGAAAUGUUCUGCAGCAACAGAAGACAGUUUAAAAAUACUUUACAAGAAUUGUUUCUUUGCACUCAGAUUUAGGUGUUGGUCACUCAAAACAUUGAUGUUACUUUUUAGUAUUACUAUUUAAAGUCAAGUUUUGGAGCUGCUUUAACAUUUAUUCAUAGCUGGCCUGAAACCCAAACCAUCAGAAGGGCCGAUGAAAUCUCAUAUCAGUCAACCCCCACUCAGGACAGUUACUCUGCUCCUUUCUUUGUAUGGUCUCCUUCCGGUCGUCCUCCCAAAUGUUGUCUUUUUUGACUGCCUGUCCGUGUGUCCGAGUCGCUUUUUGUAAAGUAUAUGUGUGUGAGUGUGUGUGUGUGAUGGAGGGGGUGCUAUUGUCUGUGUCACAUGGAACGGGUGUCUAUGGCUGUGCCCUCUGUCCUCCCUGGGGGCAAAGGCUUUACUCUUGGGUUGCGUGGCGCAUGUUUCACUUUUGUGUUGCCAUGAAAUGGGGGCAAGUUAAUCUCCUCAGGUCUGUCACGCAAGAUACUGUGGCUUGCUGUUAGCUGGGAAGGGUCUCUCCAUGAGCCCAGCCUUCCCCUCACCCCUUUUGUCUCUCUACCUCUCUCUUACGCACUCCCUCUUCUGCGCUGUUUUAAAACCAAUGCCUCUAAGUGGUGGAGCUCCUCUGUCUGCAAUAACAGAAUACAUGUGUCUUUUGUUGUCUGCUGCUUCCUUCUAAAGCUCAAAAUACUCACCACUAUAAUCCUGACUGAUUUAAGAAGGAUGUACUCAUGGUCACUAAACCAGCUGUUUUUUUGUGUGUGUGUCUUUCCUCCCACCUGCUGCCUCCCUCUUGUUUGUACCAGACCUCGGCCCACCCAAAGGCAUCCGCUUCUCUGAUGUGACCGACACAUCUGCCACCGUGCACUGGGUGGUGCCAAGAGCCCGAGUGGACAGUUACAGGGUCACGUAUGUGCCUGCUCAUGGAGGUCAGUGUCCUCAAGUGAACAUAAACCCCUAAUUUCAUUGCACUAAACUCUGUAAAAUAUACCAAAAGUAAAAUGAGAAACUCAAGAGAAAGCAGCAUUUAAAGCAUCAAGUAGAAGUUUCUGAGCUGUUUACUAUCACAGUGAGAGGGACUCUACAAUGUAAUGCAUUAAUUCCUCCCAAUGUGUUGAGUCAUUAAUAAACAUACACAUUUAAUUUAAGUUUUGACUAUAAUGUUCAUAUAGACAUGUUUGCUGCUUGUUCUAGUUUGAUGCUCAUUCAUUUGGAGGGCAAGUUCUCGUAGGGUUGACCGACAUUGCCCCCUAGUGACAUCUUUUGAGUACUUCUACUGAAUCCAUUUGUGCCCAAACAUUUGUGUUUCUAUGCACAUAGUUCUGUGAAAUCAGAAUCCCAUAAACAUGCUCUGCAUUUAUUUCCUCCAUUUCUUUUUUUUUGAGAAAAUCCUUUGUCUGAAUGAGUUGAAACUGUUGUUAUUCGACACAUGCAUUAUACAACUAUAAUAGUAUAAUUUGAAUUACACCACAAAACAUAAAACAUAAUAAGGUUUUCUUUUUCAACUGAAAUUUCUCUGAGUGAGUUUGAGAACAUACUGAUUAUUUCAGGUCCUAAACAGAUAAAAUGUUAGGUUAAUUCAAUACUGUUCUAUUUAAUUUGCGAUUUUGUCUUCAGUUUUAUGAGAGCUAACACCUAAUUGUUCACUUUGACUUCCAGGUACUGCAAAGACACUGACAGUAGAUGGCUCAGAGUCUCAGACUGUGUUGCCCAACCUGACGCCCGGGGUCACCUAUGAGGUCACUGUGGUUGCUGUGAAGGGCCAGAGAGAGAGUGAGCCUGGAUCAGACAGCGUCACCACGGGUAUGUGGAGCUAACAAAACCAGCAGUGAAUGUCUCUCCAUGUGUGUGUUGAUCUACAUAAAGUACGGUGACCAUAUUCUGACCUCCCAAAAAGAGGACACAACUACGCAGGGGGUGAAGUCACGGAGUUGCACAAUGUUAAUUGUGAGAGUUUUUCGGAUUGGAUUGAGUGUCUUUUAUGUGCUUGUAACUCAGUAAGUCCACUUGACAAAAAAUCUAAACUCUCAUACAAAACUACAGACAUUUGAAAGAUUUUAUAAACUUCCCCGGACAAAGCUGGACAAGCCUGGAAAGCCCCCCAAAAAGAGGGCAUGUCCGGGUAAAAGAAGACAAAUGGUCACCCUAAGAUAAAGCUACAAAGACUAGUUACAAAGAGGAUUUGGUAGAUUUUUGAUACUGUAGGUUUUUCCUUGUUGGAGAUAAUUAAAGUGUUGAUUCAAUUAAUUUAGUACUGAUAGAGUAUUGGAUGAGGUCAUUGAGAGCAGAUCCAAACCUUUUCCUUCUUUCCCAAAGCAAUGCAAAAAAAGUCUGAUUUCUACCCUGUGUUAAAUACUUCAUGUGUGUUUCAGCUCUGGAUAAGCCCCGUGGUCUGACCGCAGUCAACAUCACAGACACUGAAGCUCUGCUGCUCUGGCAGCCCGCCAUUGCUACUGUGGACGGAUAUGUCAUCACGUACAGUGCAGACUCAGGUAUCUGUUGUAUACAUAAACAAGUGGACACACCUAACACAAACCUCAUUGAUCAUUACCCACAUAAUCAAAUAAUGAAUCCAUCACUCCAGUAUAAGUCCUGAUAUGAGUUCUCCCUGUUUAUCCUCAAUGUCUGUUUGUUUGUCUCUUCCCAGUGGCUCCUGUGAUGGAGCGUGUAUCAGGAAACCAGGUGGAGUUUGAAAUGAGCUCUCUGACACCUGCGACUUUCUACACCGUUAAGGUCUAUGCUGUCAGGGACUUGGCCAAGAGUGCAGCCACUACAACUGUGUUUACCACUGGUGAGAACCCCUGCUUAAAAGUACAUCCACCACAUUGUUGUGAUUGAUUUGCUCUCAAUGUUAAAUCCAAAAUGGAUGUCUGUAGAGUUCUCAGUGGGGAAAACAAACUAGGCAGAAGACAUGACAAUCUCCUUAGCCUAAUUCACAACAGGAUUGCACAGCUUUUGCACCUUCUAAUGAGGCAAAAAAUAAGUUUCAGGAUUGAGGAUUGAUGCUCCACAAUCUGCACUGCAAAGCUGAUCGGCUGGCUGUACACCUGUGUCUGCAGACAAUUAAAUGAGCUAUUUUGUAUUCAUUUGGAUCAAAAUCUGUCCCCUUCCAUGCAAAUAAACCUCACUGCAAAAAAACAGGAUAUUCACAAACACAGGUGCUGACAGCCUGAACAGUCGGAGUGAAACUUUACCAUCUGCUGAAAGUUGAUGGUUAUUGAGCAGGAGUAUUUGUGAGUGCUGUGACACUUGACAUCUUAAGUCAAGACAACAAUUCCACCUCUGGAUGACCUAAAAAUAAUGUAUCUGUAUAUUAAGUCUGUUGGCAAGAGCAUAUUAUGGGUUGCAUAAGUCUUUGCCAUUAUCCACAGUGGAUGAUUUUGCUAUAUUUCUCCAGGAAGUAAACAGGAUAACUGUGAAAUUUGUAUUCUAAUCAUCUCAACAGUAACAUGGAUGGUCCUAGCUUAUCUAGUUUAUCAAAUGCAGUAUGUGGAUAAUUUAGUGCUGUUAUGGUCAGCACACACAGCACAACUCUGAGAGAGUGAAGAUGCUGACAGCUCAUCUAAGUCACAAAGAAAUACAGAACUUCACAGAGCUGCAGAACUUUGUAGGCUGUUUUGAACAAUAAGCAACCACAAUAUAUUGUUUGUGAUUGCAAUUUCUGAUAGUAGAGUAGUAGCAGGUACAGGUUAUUUUUUAAAUGGUGAAAGUAAGUUAAGGUUUUGUAAGGUUUGUUUGUGAUGCUUCUUUUGCAUCAGUCAACAAAGUUAUUAUUGGAAUGAUUUUCACAAGCCCAUGUUUAUUCAGGAAGUUCUGUCAUUUUAGACUUAACUCAGACUAGAAUAACAUUCAGAUGAGAUCUUGAUAGACCAGUUUUCCUCUUACAUCUUUUGUCACACCCAUAAAGCACUCUGUGUGUUUACUUUUCAACAUUUCUUUCUUGGUGCAGGUCUAUUUCAGUUACUGGUGUCCUUUCUCAAGCUUUCCAACAUUUGAAUCAUGACUCCAAAGUUGAACCUGAAAGAAACUCGUUUAAUCUUACAUGAAAGUGUUUUAAAGGGAAAGGACCAUCAUGCCUACUAAGGAAAGGAGAAAUAUAGACCAGUUUUGAUUAGUUGAUGUAAUUUUCCAUCUUUGUUUAAGAAAAAAUGUGGUCAAAAAACAAUAUUUUACUCACCUAGCAAAGUUUUUUUUUUUAAUUCAAUGUUGUAUUGCUUUUUCAAACACAAGAGAGUGCUAACUAACACUAACUAACUGAGGACUAAUUGCUGUUUCCAGAUGUGGAUGCCCCUCAGGACCUGGCAGCUAGUAACAUUCAGACCGAGAACGGCUUGCUUACCUGGAAGCCACCUCGCGCUGAUAUCACAGGAUACAUCCUCAGCUUUGAGUCUGCAGACGGCACCGUGCGGGUGAGUCCAGGAGUCCACAGAUUCAGGUCUGACUGGUCCCUAGUGCAUACAAUCUUUAGAAUCUGUUUUUAAUUGAAUAUCUGAACUUCUUUCAACUUCAGGAGGUCGUCCUAAGUCCCACCGCUGUGUCCUAUAACAUGGCUCAGCUCACUGCCUCCACAGAGUACUCGGUGAAGCUGCAGGCCAUAGCUGGUCCCAAGAGAAGCAGAGUCAUCACUACUGUCUUCACCACCAGUGAGUGGGUCUAUACUAACAUUUGUCUAGUUUCAGCCCAAGAAAGAUUUGUGUCAGGAAAGUACUUCAAAAUACAUGAAUAAGACUUGACUGGGUUAAUUCCAAUACUUUGAGUAAUGUCUUUGGUGAACAAGUGCUCCGGUUUCAAAUUCAUGACACUAACCUCUUCAACCUUAAAACUUCAGAAGGAACCAUACCCACAGAGUUACAGUAAAGCAGGAAGCAUACAGAGCUAACAGAGUGUAUCAUUAAGAUUUCUUGCAAGCUUUUAUUUACCUUUUCUAAGCCAUAGACUGGCACGCUAAUGAUGAACAGAACAAAAUAUAUUCAAUCAAAAUGAAUACUUGAAACAUCUCUGUAGAUUUUGUUGGGAUUUUAAAAUAUUAACAGACUGUUAUUUUGAAAUACUCUCACGCCUUAUUCUUUUUCACCCUCUGAAGACAAUCCAAGCACUGUGUUGACCAAAUAUUCCUCUCUAACACUGGUUCUAACACAUUUUUCCCAACAUGCAAUGCAGUAUGAAAUACAGAUGUGGCGAGACAAAACAAUUUUUUUCUCAGCAUUUUCACAGAACAAACAUCCAAACAGUUGAAUGUUUCACAAAUCACUCUGAAAAGCAUAUUAACAAAAUAAAAUAAUUACAAGGCUUUAAUCAAUAUAAAACUUCAGUAAUUCAAAGAGUUUUAGGGCAUUUCUUUUUUUCCAACUUGUUUAAAGACUGAAUUAAGAUUUUCUUACCUUUAUUAAAUGCCACAAAGUCUGAGAUGCAGUAUCAACAUGACAAAGUGUUCACUUACAAACAGGCAAGAGAGGAGUGAUGCUAUCUUAGAUUAAAUCAGGUUUCAGUUAGGAUGAGGUAGAGUUUUAGAGACAUUUUUACAGAAGUGAAAUUGUUUUAUAAAGAGUAAAGUAAUUUCUAUGGAACAAAAUUUGUUUUUUUUAUCAUGGUGAUGACAGUCAGACAUCUUUCUGUGCCAGGCAAAUAAGUUAUCUUCAAUAAAACCAGGAAUUUUAGAAUUGUAUUCGAAGGAAAAACUUAAAUGUUUUUUGUUUUGUUUGUGAUAAUGUGUGUAGUACUUAUUGCUAAAUACAAGCUGUUAUCUACUGUUGAUCUCUGGCAUUAAGCAAUACAUUCUUUUCAUUAUGUGAUCUUUUACAAGUUUGAGGGUAUGUCCAAUAAACAUUGUGUGUGUGUGUGUGUGUGUGUGUGUGUGUGUGUGUGUGUGUGUGUGUGUGUGUGUGUGUGUGUGUGUGUGUGUGUGUGUGUGUGUGUGUGUGUGUGUGUGUGUGUCUUUGUAUUAUGUAGCUGGUGUGUUGUACAGGUUCCCGAAGGACUGUUCCCAGGCACUGCUGAAUGGCGACACCACAUCAGACCUGUACACCAUCUACCUGAGUGGAGAUGAGAGCCAGCCCCUCCAGGUGUACUGCGAUAUGACCACUGAUGGAGGUGGAUGGAUUGUAAGUCAGCAGGCACACAGAUCAGUAAAUCUAAAAUAACAAUGUGUCAGAUAACACCGACUGGGAUACCUAAGCUAUACUGGGAAAUGUCAGGGUCUACAGUACAGAAAUGCGGGUAGUCUUUUUGGUGCUUAGUGAACCUUAUUUUGUCAAACAAAAAAAAAAGAAAAGCUGCAUCUGUCAGAGUGUGUAUAGAGGCAAAGGUUUGCUUUCAUGUUUUCUGUAACAGCUCAAUAAUGGAAGUACCAUGUGCUUAAAGCUUCUUCCAGUGCAGCUUUAGUGUGUAAAAAAACAAAGAAUGUUAUUAGAAUGUUGAGGUUGUCUUUUCCACAAUACUACCUUUGUGUAAAUAGAUUUAAACCUUUGUGUCCUGUAUGUCAUAAAUACUUCAAUAUUCUUUGCUUAACAAGGCUCAGUCUGAGUCGAAACUUAUUGAUUUAAUCUAGAAACUCAUAUCUGCAUCCUCUGAUUUGGCGCUUUGCUUUUUCUACUGAUGUAAUGUUUCUUUUUGUCUGUUCAGGUCUUCCUCAGACGUCAGAGUGGUAGACUGGAGUUUUUCCGCAACUGGAAGAACUAUACCGGUGGCUUCGGUGACAUGAAUGAUGAAUUCUGGCUGGGUAAUUAUGAGAAGACAUCAGGAAAAACAACGCAGUUAUCCAAACUAAGAAUAUGAAUGACAGCAGCCACUCUAACAUCAUCAUUUUUAAGCGAUCAGUACUGCAGUUUGUCCAAAACUGUAAUGUUUUUAGAACAAGGAGAGAAUAUGCAGACACGAGAGUUGAGCUGAGAGAAAUGAGGGGUUAGCUAAACAGUUUUAUUAGUUGGAUGUAGAGUUGAUUGUCAUCUGCAGUAACUGGGAUACUACUGAAGAUGCCCAAUGAAAACCUGCAUAUGUUUAUGUUCAGUUAUAAUGGGCAGCCAACUUACUUGGACUGUCUUUUUAAUACACUUAAGGUCUUUAUUGAGGCCUGUGUGGUUGUGGCUUGCCAAUCACAAUGCCGCCAAGCGAGUCUGUUUUUCUCUUAACAGGGCAAUAAUUUUUUAAAAAUGAGCAUCUUGGGGUAUAAAGAAAAACUUAAAAGUACUUGCCAAGGUUGUAAACUACAAAAGCAAAAGUUGAUUUAAGUAACAAAGCAAGUAGGAAAAUGAGUUUUAUUUUUCUUUAAGCCCACAUUUGGAAAGCAGGAAAGCCCCACUGUCAUUUUAAGAGUUUAAAUUUAAGGCUCUUUAUUUUGGCCCAAAAUAUCCCGAAGUACUGCUGUCUACAUUUCAGCCAUAAAACAAUAUUUGUCUCAUUUAUCAUUUAUUCAUUUAAAACUAAAAGUAAAAGAAAAUAUUAUCUUACAAUUGUAGCUUCUCAAAGUCAUGCCCACCCAACUCUUAUGAAUGAAUUCUCCAUUCAAGGUCUAUCCAACCUGCACAAGAUAACAGCUGGAGGUCAGUAUGAGCUGCGAGUGGACCUGAGAGACAAAGGAGAAACCGCCUACGCCCAGUAUGACAAGUUCUCUGUCUCAGAACCCCGAACCCGAUACAAGGUCCAUGUAGGAGGAUACAGUGGAACAGCAGGUAUGACUGUCAAUCAAUCAUAAACACUCUGCUUUGCUCUGCUUCACAUCUUUGAGGGAUUCUGUUUGGGUUGAGAACCAUUUCAUGAGCAGAUUGCAGAAACAUUUAGCUCUCUGUACCCUACCAUAUGACUUGGUUCUCAGUCUUUUUAAAUAUGAAUGUUAAACUAAAAGCUGUAUAAUGUGUAUUUAAAAAAUAUCUACACCAACACUAAUAGACACAUUGGUGGUCAAACAUGCCAAAGGGUCAUUCCUCUGCUUUGUUUCUUGAAGGUGACUCUAUGACCUACCAUCACGGCCGUCCAUUCUCCACUUACGACCACGAUAACGACAUAGCGGUCACCAACUGUGCCCUGUCCUAUAAAGGAGCCUUCUGGUAUAAAAACUGCCACCGUGUCAACCUCAUGGGAAGAUAUGGAGAUAACAGCCACAGCAAGGUACAGUACUGUAGCAGAUAUUGUGUAUCCUGACAUAGACAAGGAUUCCAGAUUGAUGUUUUCUGAGGAGUUUUGUCUCUCUGAGACCCUUUCCUAUGGUGCCAUCCCUCUGUGACUGCAGGAUACUCCUAGAUCCUGGAGGGGGAAUACCUCAAUUUAAAGCUAUAGUCUUGAAUAUUUUCAGUAAAUAAUGCUGUUGUACUUUUUAAAACAGCAUUCAGUGUACUCACAAGGUAAUAUUGAAGAUAAAGAUAACAUAUUUGUGACUAAACGCAGUUAUUAGAGGGAUAUUCCGGCGUAAAAUUAAUUUAGGUUCAAACACACCGUGACACCGAGUUAGACACCCCCUCGAGAGAUGAAUGUUGCCGACCGCUUGCUUCUCUAGUCAUACCAACUUUAGUAACAACCACACAAUAGCAAUACACAGCGGUCGAAGAAGCCAACGCACACACCUCAACCAAAACGCCACUCUAUAGCCACAAAUAAUGCUCAGAACAGCACCUAACUUCAUCAACAGUACAAAUAGGGUCCCAGCCACAGCACUAGCCACCAAACAUCUUUUGAGCUUUGCCUGAUUUCUUUUGCAAAGAGACUAAACACAACUCACCUACUCUCUUCCAGCAGCCGCUUGUUUGUAGCGAGACCUCAGGCCAGUCCAUUACAGACUACAGCGGGGUGACGCAGCUCAAGGAAGAACAUUUAUGAUUAUUUCUUUAUCAUUCCCUUGACGUAAUAAUCAUCAUAUUAAUCAUUUUGCACUGCAGACACAGUAGUUCUUCUGCCAUAGCGUCUCGGUCUAAUUGCAUUUCCAUGAAGAAAUGAUCAUAAAUGUUCUUCCUUGAGCUGCUUCACCCUGCUGCAGUCAAUGAUUGACUUGUCCGAAGUCUUCCUACAAACAAGCAGCUGCUGGAAGAGAGUAGGUGAGGGAGUGAGGCACAUAAGAUCAGCCAUGCCCACACAGUCUUGUAGAAAUAGUCCAAACAGUAAACUGAACUGUUGUUGAGACUAUUUUAUGGUUGUCAAGGUUUCUUUGUUGACAUAGAUUUUAGAGAUCAGAUGGUGAAGCCUCUACUUUUUUAAUGUUUUAAGCUAAAUUUACCUUCCUUAUCUGUAAUAUGAUCAACAUCAUCUGUUCUUCUCGCCCAGGGUGUGAACUGGUUCCACUGGAAAGGCCACGAGCACUCGAUCGAGUUUGCUGAGAUGAAGAUAAGGCCAUCCAACUUCAGAAACCUGGAGGGCAGGAGAAAACGAUCAUAAGUGAUCCACCAUCAGCAAAACAGAAACAGCAAGAACAACAACAACACUGCUUCUACUCUGUCUGGACUCCCCAUGAAUCACCUCUACCCCCACACCCACACACCCUGCAGCUACCAAAGCCACUGCCAGGAGCCCAACACACCUUCUCUCCUCUCAUUUGCUCUAAGUUCAGCGUUGACUCCAUAAGCCCCUCCCUCUGUGUGUUACAGUUGUGGAAAUGCUUCCAGUGCGGUAAUCAAUGUGCAUGUUACAAACUGGACUUGAAUCAAGCCCACACAAAUUCUUCUCACGCACCAAAGAGAGCAACUCCAUCUCAUCUGACUCUGUCUCUCAUGUCGCAGCAUUUGUGAGGAGGAAACUGUGCUGCUUGGGCAUUUUGUUGUGUACAGUAAUUAACACAUCUCCCUUUCUCACAUCCGAGCCACGUUUGAGGUUUUAACAGAAUGGACGGGCUGUCUAGAGAACAAUGUGGUCUUGUUUAGGUUCAGGGCCUCUUUGCUAAAGCAGAAGAUACAGUGAUAUUUCAACUGGAUUGUCAUAGAAAUCUAUUCCUUGUACAGAAGUGUACAUGUAUUUGAAUUAAACAAUUGAAAAGAGAUAUUCUUCAGAUGGCACUGUUCGGAGGACAGAUUUCUCUAUCUAACUUGCCAUUUGUUUGUCUUUGUGCAACUUUACCUGUCUAAGUGUCACUUUAUCCUUCCCUGGUUUCCUCAUCUCCUGCAGAACAAGCCAACAGCAACAAAAACUCUUGACUGAAUAAGUAUUUUACCUGCCACAUCUCAUUUCAAAGUGGAUGGAAAAUGUUUCCAUUUAUUCUGUGAGUACCUGAAGGCAUCAUAUUAAAGCCACAGUAUUGUGUUUUAAAAAAAGCUAAAGAAGAGAAAAGUAAAGCUUUUAUUUCUCUUAUGAAUCUGAGGCAGGACCUGUAAUUUAGUAUAUUAUUAAAUGAGGUGAUGACAUUUGUUUCUCCUUUCUUUUUGCAAAAUGUGAAUACAGUGCAUAUAUGUGGAACAAGAGAAUGUUAUGUGUUGACACAAAAGAUGUUGAUGCUCAAAACAUGAAAAAAGGCCAAUUCCACUUGAAUUCCAUUUGACAUUGUAAGGUCUCUAUGCUUAUGUUGAUGAUCGUGUUUGAACAGGCCAAACUUAGAGAACUAGUAACUGUUUGUACCUCCCCAGUCCCAAACCCUGAACCCCCCACCCCUCCCCAAAUCUGUUGCUACAGCAGCAUACUAAACCACUGACCUUCUAAAGAAUGCCUGUGUAAGUUAAGUUUGUUUUGUUUUGUUUGUUUAUAACUGGAUGAACAGCAGGUGUUUCUCUGUCAACUGUAUUACAAUAAAAACAGUUUGUUAAAAAGAAAGUGGUAAAGGCUUUUUAUUUUUCACCUUAAAUGUCUGUAUAUGUCAUAUAUUCGGACAAGGAUCUACUGACUCAUUUCCUGGAUAAACAGUUUUGCCGAAGUAAGUUUUACUUAUUGAUUUAUUUUUUUCAUUUUUGAGGAAUCUUUAACAAAGUUGUUAGAAAAAAAGAGGUUUCUCAAUCAUCAGAUUACCCACAUUGCACACCAACAUACAAGAUAACACAUCCACUGGUGUUUUUACUCAUGAUCAUAUGGAACAACCAUCAUAUAUGCUUACUUAAAUAGUUAAUAGUUUAUCAGCACAGUGAAUUGUAUCACCAAAAAGAAAAUUCUUUGGAUCCUUUGUCUUACAUAAAAGAGAAGGAUCCCCAGAAUUAUGAGAAAGGGAUCUUGUAAUUAUGAAAUGUCAAGAGAUGCCAUGACAAACGAGCUCACAGUAUAAUUUUUAAAUGCUAAUUAAGAUGAGGUUCCGAAAAAUAUUUGUGCGCCCUGGUCUUACUUCCCAUAAGUUUUAUUUGCAGAAAGAAAAAAAAAACGUUUUGCGAUGUAUACCUUUAAUGAUGGUUGUAAUUUCUUACCUUCGUAACCAAAGUUUCGUGGAAAUAAGUCCUGAUUUUACCCCGUGAUCCCAUGUAUGGGGUAAGUUGAGCCGUAGGAGCGGGGUAAGUUGAGCCGUAUCCCUAUUAUUUCCCCCCACCCACACACACACACACACACACACACACUUUCCACCCUAUCCCUCCCUCACCUUCUCUCUCCCUAAAUAACAGUCACUUCUUCUUCACAUUCAUGUAUAUUUUUAUCUAUUUUACACUAUUCAACUGGUACAAUUUUUCUUUUUAUUAUUAUUACAUAUAACUGCUAAAAAAGCUGUUCUGUAAAAGGUCAUUUUAACAUGAGAAUGUCUUUAAGUGAUUCAGAACAUUCACAGCUGUAUUUUUGAAAAGAAAAAGAAAAAGUGACACAUUUCAACAAUCUGAACUGCAACUCUGAUCCUCUCAUCAGACUCCUUUACUUUCUCAGUUGAACCACUUACUUACCAGAACUACUUUUAUGACUUUAUUAGUCCUCUAAGCUAAAAUGGUGGACUUAUAUAUUAGGUUUUUGACCUCAUGUUGUAGCUCAUAGAUACCACAAUUGAUUUAUAAAACAAAUUUAAAAUGAUCUUUUUUGGUCUAAACACAAUUCUAAUAAAACUUAUGACAGACUAAAUUCACUUUCAAGACUGAAAAAUGUUUUUUGUAAAUAAAUGUCUAUACCCUUUACCCAUGUGCUUCUAACCUUCACAGACUCCAUGAAUUGAUGCCCAUCUCCUCAAUAUUUGGUCAAUUGAUCCAUUUCUUUUACCAAUUCCAAGCAACAGGGGCUGGCUCAACUUACCCCACUCCCCCCUAUUUGUGAAACAAAGCAGUGGACGAUGUUUAUUUUUUCACUGCUGAAUCUAUCAACCACAGAUAAUCUGUGAACGGGUUUUAGACGCACUCCAUGACUUUAUUUUCCUGCCGCAGGACGGUCCUGUGGCUGUGCUGUCACUAACUCUCCCUCCCUCAAGAUACUUCAAGAGUGUCAAUCGAAGCCCCGCCCUCUUUGGUAAAUAUUUAUGCAGUCAGCCAAUCAGGCGGAGGCUCCCAUGACAUCAUGCUUACAGCAGAAGACUUCUCCC